AGACCGGGACGGUGAGCCGAAGGAGGAAGACAGCUACAGUCUGUCUUCGUGAGAAUUUCAGUUUUAUCCCUUCUUCUCAUCGUCUCUGUCCUGGGAGGUUUAGCGGAGCUGUUUCGGUCCCUCUUUCUGGAUUUUAUUAACUCCUUCUCCGUACAUCUAGCGACAUUGAGCCGCUGGAGCUCUCAGAGGAGGUUUGAGCAUGAACCCUCCGUGUGCCCGCUGUGGGAAGAUCGUCUACCCGACGGAGAAAGUCAGUUGCCUGGACAAGGUGAGCACUUCGUGAGUUACAAAAACCAGCCCAAAGUCUUUCAAGAGUUUUUCUUUGUGCAUUUGAGCAGCUCAUGAGGCACAAGUGGAGAAAAGUGGGAUGAAAGGAGAAACACCUGACAUAGACCUGCAGCUUUCAUCAUGUGGCAUUAAAAGAAGCUAAUAAAAAGUCCAAUUUGGAUCUUAUUUCGGCUAUUUAAACUUAAAUCUUACUAAGAAAAGACCUCGCUUGCUCUCAUUUUGAUUACUGUACUGUUUUAUCAACAGUUAUCAGACCUUAACCAGAGAAAAAUACUGUAAUUGUUUUUUUAAAAGGUUUAUGUCUGCAGGUAAUAAUUCUGCAUGAUAGAUGAUUGACACCAAACAAACAGUAGAAUAAAACACUGAAUAUAUCCUGAUCAUGGGUCUAACCUGCACUUUUCAUCAGGGGGUGGAGAACUAUGACACAGCUGGUACACAUGUCAAAUUAUCACCUACAAACAUGGACCUUUUCAAAAAUCACUUCUAACUUUUGCUAUCUGCCUAGUAUCUCUUAAUGCUGUAAACAGACUUAAAAUGACUUAUUGUAGAGCCUGCAAAGGUAAUAAUAGGAGGAGCAAACAACACUCCCUUAACACUGCUGCUCAAAUUGUAGAAAAGAAGAUUCAGAAAUAAUAAGUAUUAAAAUGCAAGAGCUUUAGGUAAUUUCACGUAACUGUGUCAGUCUUAGCAGUUUUCUUGUAACGCCAUCGUACAAAAGUAAAAGUUGUUUUUUGUAUUCUCUUGAUAACACCUCUAAUAGUCCGUUGCAUAACAAUGCUGAAUUAUUAAUUCUUCUUCACCGUCCUCUGUCUGUCGUAUGAAGCAUCAGAUGACACAACAGCAUGGAAGCGCAUGAUCAUAAGGGCUCCGGUUUCACAGAGAUGCUUCAUAUACUGUUUUUUUUAACACGAAACUCAGCAAAACCUCCAACUUUAUUCCUCAAUGUACUAAAAAAACCACACAGAUUUAUCCUGAUAUAACAAAAAGGAACCAAAUUUAUCUUCAGUCCUGACGUGUGAGAGCACACUUGACAUGUUUGGAGCGAGAGUCACAGAAUAAAAGAGCUUUAACGCUGUAAGAGGCAGUGAUUUAGAGAGGAAGAGUCGAGCAGAGAAACAGAGAAGUGCAAGGAGAGAGUGAGAAAGAGAGAAAUAAACUCAUCGUCCAAGGACUUCUGAGCUCCCUGCUGUCUCUUACAAAAGAUCAUUUCAUCAGGAUUUCUGCAAGACUAAGUGCCACCUCUCCCAGACGUGCAAAAAACACAUUCAAAGUGAGGAAGAAAAGCCCAUCAGACAGCAGUUUUAUUGUACUGGAUUUCAUCCUUUUUACUGGAAGUUCCUGCAGGUUCUGCAGUCACAUUGAGACUGUGUGUGGGAGGGGAAACGUUUGAUCAGAGAUGCAGCAGUUCCUGAUUUUCUUUUGCGGAUAUAUUCCAAUUGCACAUGUCCGAUGUCCCCCUUGUAGUGCGUAAAUCCACAGUGUUCCCUUCAGUCUUCAUCUUUUGCAGGAACCAGGAAUCAGCAAGACCUUUUGAAGUUCUCUGAUCAACGAUGAACAAUGUCUGAGGUGUUAUUUUUAGGAAUGAGACAAACAACUCUCCAAAGAAUGUGGAUGCUAGGAAGCAAGCAGUGCAGUAACGAAGAAAAAGAGCAGAAUUUGACAUGACAGACAGAGAUUUAAUUCACCGAAACAAAAACAGAAACUUUACAAAACAAAAAUUUAAUGUUUGAUAAAGCUAAAGAACUUGCAUCCAUGUUGACACUCAGGGGUGUUUUGGUCUUGGAUUGAGGUCACACGUGGUGCAUUGCUGUCUUGGAGACAGAGAAAGUGUCUGCACCUUGGACCUCCAAAAACCUGGUCUGAUGUCUCAACUCAGUGGUGUUGUACUUUCCUGAUAUUUAGAGGACACAUCGUUGAGGUAGAAAGAUUGACUUGAGGAGUUCACAGGUUCCUUUGCUCAUUACGGACUUACAGAGAUGCCCUACAUCUCCCUCAGUCAAGAGAAGAUGCCAUGUAUUGAUCAUACACUGAAAAUGAGUUUUUAAUUAUAUUCCCUCCUCUCUCUACAUCAUGUUAAAGCUCAUGGUGUAGGACAGACACCCUCAAAGCUUUCUGCACUCUACACCUCAGCCAUGCAUGCGAAAUACUACACAUGUGUACAUAUCAGCUACUUUUGGUAGUCCUAGAGUGUUUCCACAGUUCAGAAGGAUUACUUCAUAAGAUAUAACAUAAAUCCAUGCAUCAUAUAGUGACCUGCCACCUUAGGACACGAGAAGAAGAAAUGUGUUCGCUCAAGCCCGGUCUACUGAAGCAGAAAGACUGAAAUGCGCCAUGACAACAGCAGCACACUUUCCUGCAGAAGCAUCUGUGUCUUAAAGAAAAUAAAACACUCACUAAUUGGUUUGAUUCAUGAGACGCCCAAACACACUUUUGAAUCAUAAAUGGACUUAAUCCACCUCCUCUACACACUGCCCCUCACUUGCUGCUCAACCAGCAAAUCAUGUUAAGACGCAUAUGUAUUUAAUAAUCAGCUGGUGGGUUGUUGAUCAUCUUAACGUCUCAGCUGACACACACAGGGGGUGAAAAGAUUGACACAAAUAUCAAGACGUAAAGUGACGUUAAGUUGUUUUAAUUUGUGUUUAUGUGCUCAUGUGUCCUCAGAACUGGCAUAAAGGAUGUUUCCACUGCGAGGUUUGCAAGAUGACCCUGAACAUGAAGAACUACAAAGGCUACGACAAGAAACCCUACUGCAACGCGUGAGUCUAGAUCUGUCCCUCUGUGUUCAUGCAGCUCAGAAAACAGCCAUGCUUUCAGUUAUUUUCUAAACUGAUGCUGGAGAAUGAUUUUAGGUGAGCAGUGUCAAAGUGGUUUUCUAAGUGUGGCUACCAUUAGCAGAGCUAGCACCACCAGCUUUCAUGUCCACAUGCCUGUGCUGAUCUAAUAAAGACCGGCUGGAGGAUUAUUGUCCCCUGUGUUUCUGAAGGAAGGUCCCCUGUGGUCCUCAGGAAAGGAGGGGAUUUGCUCCAUUGUUGCUGUUGUGUUAUGCUUUCAUUUGGUUGUGCCUUCUAUUAGCGUAUUGUGUUUCAUGGUGUAUUUAUGAACCCUCUCAGAGCACAGAAGCCUCCCUCUGGUGUGUCAUUAUCUACAUCUGCGUCCUGCCUGUAGACGGUUCAUAUCUGUGAGCCCAGCCGUCAGGUUUUUAUAGCAGCGAUGGUCCAUGGUUGCGGCCCGUGGUUGUUUUUGGUGGUUUGGUUGCGAGCCCAGCCCUGCGUCCCUCGCCCUGCUGCUGGUUCUGUUUACUGCGUCCCACUUAACUCUGAACAUGCUCGUCUUGUUAUUAUCUGUGCGACUUGAUAAACCACACCACCAUGUAUCACCCCCGCCCAAAAAUGCACUUUGCCUGAUCUUCAUGGACAAAACAAGUUCAAAAUGUUUGAUACGCAUCUAACAACCACAGAAAGGGAAGGCUGUGGCUUUGAACUUUGACCUUGUCACUGUCAGGUUGUCUUAAAUGUUCAUAAUGGGAGAGUGGAAGCUUAUAAUCGGAGAUACACUCCACCUCCUGAGUCUCGUAUCUCUGACUUUUCACCACAGACACUCUCUGUCGUGCAGCACAAAGACAAACACCUGAGAAGAGCUCAAACAGUCACUUAUUAUUUCUCACAGUCGUCCGACGGAAAAAGGUAUUUUGAGUCUCAGCCAGCAAUGAAAAGAACAAAACCACACUGUGUCCACCUCACCCUCCUGUCAGACACACCAGCUCCCCCCUCAUUGGCUCUACAAACACACACACACACACACUCAGUUAUAUACAGGUAAACACACCCCACAACAGAGGGCUUAAUGGCUGAGUGGUUAGCGUGACCUUUGACCCUGUCAGCUUGAUGAACACAUGGUCUUUGUUUCCUCUACAGCUGCAGAACAUUCAUGAAUCUGGGAUAGUUUAAAAGAGUUGUUGAUGAUCCAGAACUUGUUCCUCAGUCUCAACAGAUCAGAUUAUGACAGUCUGUCCAUACAGGCCGUAACAAAGGUGCACAAACUGUUACAGUACCUUCAUUUUCAUUUUGUGCCACAUUCAUCCUCAUGCACAGAUUUAAGCGUGAUAACCCACGUCCGAAAAAGACACACAUGGUUUUUCCUCAUCAUGUACAAGUAGAUGAAGUCUGCAGCACGAGUUUAAGGGGAACUUUUUCAGCUGAUUAUAUUUUGGAACUUUAUUGUAGAGCUGAGCUAUCGACCGAAUUUCAACGUAGAUUAUGAUUCCCCAUGAUCAAUGAGGGCUGGGCGAUAAAACAAUAACGAUAUAUAUCGGAAAUUUAUUUCCCUCAAUAUCAAUAUAAAACAUGGUCAGUAUCCUUUUGAUGGUCAGCAUUCUGCCAUGUUUUGGUAGACUAUACGAAUAGCCAAUGAAAGGGGAGUUGCUCCAAGUUCGCUUUGUGUGCUGAAUUAGACCAAGUAACAAACAACUGUGUAGUAGCAGGCUGCAGCGACACGCAAGCAUAACACUUUAACACGUGAAGCCGACAGCACAAGGAAAUGAGUGCUACCUCCGGCAGAUGAAGGCUCAACAGAUGAUGACAUCGUCGACAACACUGACACGAAAACGUCAGUAGUGCGAUGUUGGACAUGAAGUAGAGUAAAGUGCACUGCAAAUUAUGUUGAGUACAUGUUCUUGCAAAGUCGAGGAGGUAUACCUCAAAUCUUUUUCACCACCUGAAGCAGUGCCACGUGGUAGAACACGGGCAAUGUAAAAGGUUACAAACACCGAGAGGAGCAAGGAGCCCGGGGCGCCUGUGCAGCUGAAACAGCCGACCAUUCAGUCGGCUUUCUCUAGUGCAACACCUUACGACAAAACAUGGAGGAGACACAAAGACCUCACAGAUGCAGUAGCUUAUUGUACUGUAAAAGAUAUGCUACCAAUGAACACUGUUAAAUUUCAUAUUUUAUAUCGUGAUAUAUAUCGAUAUCGACUGAUAUGAAAAAAAAAUAUCAUGAUAACCUUUUCCCCAUAUCGCCUAGUCCUAUUAUUAACUCACCUGACCUUCAUGUGAGCAAAAGCUUCAGGUAAAGUCAGGGUCGUGUUCCGACAUGCAGCUCAGCCUGAACUUUUCAGGAAAUACUCUGAAGUGAACAUGAGUGUAAGUCCAUGAGUGGGUAAAGCCGAGGUUUACUCAGGUCAGCUCUACUGUCUGUUCACACACAGGAGCUAAUGUCUACAGAGUCUGUUCUUACGCUCACUGUCAGAGUGUUUACUCUCUGCUGAAGAAUUUCACUGCAGGUCAUGAAUCAGGACCUGCUUUUACUUUUCAAGGUGUGUGUAGAUUUUGUUUUUCUCCAUAAAAUGCUUUUGGCAAUCAUACUCGUGUUUGUCAGUUUACAUUUUUAGGUAAAACUCUAAUAGUAAAAAUGUUUUGGAUCAUGUAGUUUGGCCACACCCUCUCAACAAAGAUCAUCUUAUUGUGAAAAGAAGAAAAAAGGUGGGCGGAUCAGAUGAAGCCAGAUUACUGUUCUUUGUUUCUCCACUUGUUAAGUUUAGUGUUGUCUAAUUAGUUCAUUCCUCUGCUGCCUGCUGGCUCUCAGAGUAAGAGUGACAGGUCUGUUUACUGUGCAGAAAACAGCUGCACACUCCCUGCAGGGAGCUCUUACUCAUCACUGGGAGUUUGGUGUUUGUACCUCAGUGUUACAUGUCGCGUUCAGUGCCUGAACCAGCGUCCUGUAAUUAAAGAGAGUCUCUAUGAGGCUCUGGUCCCUCUGACGCUGGCUGUUUUUAGUCAGAUAUGACCGGGGUGUGCUGUGUACAGCCCGGCGGCUUUGUUUUUCUUGGCCCUUUGUGUCUUGUGUCUGAUCUGUCUGCAUUGUUGAGCCGUGUCUGCGGCCGACACUGAACAAACUAAACAAACAUCUUAAAGCCUCAGCGCUGCCCUGCACGGCUCUCUGAGUGUCUGUCCACUGAAGCUGCUCCAGCUGAGGUUCAGGGAUUGAACAGCAUCGUAGUGGAUCAACAAAAUGAGUGGAACCUGCGCUGCUUAUACCCACAGAGUGACCGUGGAGGAAGAGGAGGCAAAGGGCAGAGAGGGUCUCUAUUAAAAAAACAUAAACACAUGACCUUUUUUUCUGAGCUAUUGAAUCUGUUAUUAGGUAUGUUUAGAGGGAAUUUUUGUUCUUCCAAUAAAAUCACCUUUUUGCCGCCGUCAGAUUGAAACUGGACUAUAAAUAUACACAUAAAUCGCACUAAAAUUACACUAAACUGAACGUCCCACAUGUAGACUAACGUACCUGGAUUAUGUGGUCGGGGAUCGCUUUUCUCUUUCACGUACAUGGCUCAGUCUGACUGAAACUGGUCUAAGCAUUUUGCGUAUGCUGUCGUGUUUGCACGCCAGGAAUUGCACAUUCAAUCGGUAAUUGUUGUUGGAAAGCCGGGUUGUGAACAAACCCGCGAAAGACAAAGAAAAGACUGAAAAAAGACUCAAAUUUCCCAUCCUACAAAGUAUCUGUGAAACAGCGAUGAGGUGCGGAAGUGACAGCCUCUUGCUAACAUAUUUUUUUUUGGAUUGAUUUGGUGUGUAAAUCGAUCGACAGGGAGACGACCCAGUAGAAAUAAUCUGAAAAGAGGCAUGUUGCCACCUACACGUGUUUCUGUUUGUAAAAACUGGGACAAGGACAGUAGUCGAAUUAAAUCGCUUAAUCAAGCUUUAACUGGAACUCACCUGAGCUGAGCAGGUACACAUAAGCAGCACAUUCCCCAGGAUGAGUUUUGAUUUUGUGUUUUUAUUAUUGGCGUGGCAUUUGAGGCUGUGGCUGCAGGUGUACAGAUGUUUUUGAAUGUGGAUAUUUUCUUUCUUGUUUCCCCUUUUUAUAGCUUCAAAUGUCAUCACUAAAGAAAAUGCUUUGGUAGCGUUGUGAGCCGUCAAAGAAAUCCUGAUUUGAAGUGGAAGUGAGGUCUUCUGGUUUCUGCAGGUCAAUAAAAUGUGAAACUGUGGACAUAGACGGGGACUGAGCUCAGGUGAGACUUCAGGAGGUGAGAUCGGUCUGAGUCAUGACUUCAAGUGUCUCAGCUUAAAACCUGAGGGUCCAUGAAUUUCAUAACCGUGGUCCCGUGCUUCUUAAGACCCCAUCCACAGCUCUAAAGAGGGGACGAGAGGGGAGAAGGAUUACAGAGGCACAUGAGACUUCACACCCCGUCUCUGACUGGCUGAGUUAAAGGACCAAUACAACCAGGAGAAGAGUUUUCAUGAUCAACGUAGGAGUAAGAAGGAAAAUCUGUUUCUGUCGUCAUGAAGCCUGAAACCACUUUGAGAGGUGUAUCAGUUCAUCUGUUUGUGGGUUUCUGUGGCAGCAGGUCAUGUGAUGAGAUUUAAUCUGAAGAGUAUGGCCGCCCUCUGUGAACCUGGACGCCUCUUGACCUCUUAGCUGCUACAUGAACUCUACUCUGUGGCACUUUUCUUCUUUAAGCUGGUUAAACUGAACUUUUACUAUUUAACGGUUCCACAUUUUCUGUCAUCUUUAGAAACUUGUUUUUCUUUGUGUGAAAUAUAUUGAAAGAUUUUUGCUUCAAACACUCUCCUGUCCUUAAAUCAGAGCAGAAACAGUCUGUUAGAAAAGUGUUUGUUGGUGCACUUUAGCUGCAUUUGGAUAAUUAUUGGGCUUUUUGUAGAAAUAUGUAUUCAGUUAUCCUGACAGCAGUGAAUGUGAUGAAUUAUUAUGAUGUGAUAAAGGUUGAGAAUGAUGUGUGGCUGAAAAUUAUAACCCCUUUUGAAGCGCACAUUUUCUUUAAGACACUCCCAGAGGUCCAAUAAGAGAAGUUCAGAGACACACUUUGGAUCAAACUGAGUUGAAAUUCCACUAAUGAGUUAAGCAUUCAGGUGCAGCUUAACAACGGCAUCACAAAGGCUGUAGAGCACUUCAUUUUGGAGAGUGCAGAGAUCUGGGCUAAGAUCUAAAACACAUCUUAAGGUCGGCUUAUAGUAACCAGUCAUGUUAUACCAUCUCAAAGAAACAGUUACAGGAAAACAGGACCUGUAUAAAAACUAAAAGUGGAACUCCUGAAAAAGCUGUUGCUUGAUCCAGGGAUCAGAGGUCAUCAGUGAGUUAUAAGAACUGUCUCAGAUUAACUGCAUGCUGUGUUGACACUGAUUGGACGUCGUGCACAGAUAUUUCUUAGUGUUAAACUGUGAAAAACGAUAAGAUCCUAAAAAAUAAACCCUCUGUUUGAAUUUGUCUCCUCCUCAAGUCGUGGUUUCAGACCACACUGAUCAAAACACUGGUAAGAAUUACUUUAGAUUGUGGAUAUUGACUAAAAAAAAGUAUAUGAAUGCUAAAUAAAGGCAAUUAAAUUUAGGAUUAUAUGGUAAAUUGUUUAAGUUCUGUAAAUAAUUGCAUUUAAAUUGAUUAAUCAAAUAGUUACCCACUUUUGGUGUCAACUUUUGUGUUGAGGUUGACCUGCUAGACUGCAGGGUUAGGCUAUAAUACCUUCUGGAUUUUGAUUUUGCAUCGAUCUCCCCCAGUUUUUGUAUCCAUCCUGCUUCUAGCUUGCCUGGUUUCUGCUCACUUACCUGAGUGUUUUAUGAUUCAGAAGGAUAAACUCACAAAAACAAACAAAGUUGAUGGAGGUGUAAAAAUGUGAAGCUUGAAUCCUGAUUUUUCCGACAGUUUUCCUGAUGAUGUCUGGAUGCUGAGUACGACACCUUCACUGACGUGUUGGAAAAUUAAAAAAACGGAGCGGCGGCACACUUCAGCUUACGGCAGAACAGACACAGCCUGAAUACAACAUUCACAGCAGGCGUCAUCCCUGUGAGAUAUUUGGGUUUAAUUAAGUUAGCCGUUAUGCUAAUUAGCAAUAAUCAAAGCUGGUUAUGUAAGGCAGCACAGCAGCUCCUGGUGUGGAGAUGAUGGAGACGUGCGAGUGGUGCGACUGAGGACUUAAAGAGGUCGCCGCUCUGCCUCUUCCUCCUGCUGUCUGUCUAAGUGACGUGUUAACAUGACUUGUACAUGUCGAGUUCAUGUUAAUAGCAGCUCAGAUUGCUGUGAUAAAAAACUGGGCGGUUAUAUAACUCUGCUGCCCACAUAACCCAGAUAACUGCUGUCUUAUUGUGCAGUGCAGAGAGAAAUAUUCCAGCUCUGAACCGUCUUUGCAGCUUCAGGAGGGGAGCAGAUCCAGCAGCAGCAGCUGUAGGGUAUGAUAUCAUUUACAUUAAAAGGUAUCUCAUUCUGUCCUCGGUUCAGAGGCAGCAGGUGGAAGAAGUAGAUGAGUGGUUUCUCUUCAAGCAUAAAUGCUGCCUUCAGAAAAAAAAGAGGAGAAAAAAGAAACUCCUUUUAGAGCCAAAAAAAAAAAAAGCUCUACUGCUCAGCUCUGAGCUUUUUGUUGCAUCAAGAUCAUGUCUUUAAUUUUUUCUGCAGCUCCACACACACAGCUUUAAAGCUGACCAGGUGCAGAUGAAGGGCUGUUGCGUGGUUGUUAAAGGAGAAGCGAGUCUGCGUGCAAAAAGAUAAAAAAAGAUGUCAUUUAUUUUGAAGCUAAUGAAAAAAUGAUCUAUUUACCAAAGUGCAGAGAUUCAAAGGAAAAAAAAACAGCCGCUGCUCUCCUCUGGUUGGCUUCAUGUCAGGUUUCCACUGAACGCAAAAAUUAGCUGAUGCAAAAUGCAAAAUCUGCACCAGAGAAGUUUCUGUAAGCGCUCAACCAACAUGUCCUCCAGCUUUUAGGUGGCCACUCCAAAGUCCUAAACCGCUGUCUGUGAACAUGCUCCAUCAUUGCAUGGUUAAUAAUGUAGGUCAAAACUAGGGCUGGGCGAUAUGACCUCAAAUCAAUAUCACGAUAUUUUGAGCAGUUCACCUCGAUAACGAUAAAUGGACGAUAACUACUCCACAAGCUGCUCACCCCCUCUUACAUGAACUUCGUCUACUUCAGCCGCCGCUCCACCUGCUACAACUUUGAACCGUCCUCCAUCUCCUCACCUGUCUUUCCCACUUUGUUAUGGACUGGAUGGGGUGGAGUCACGUCUCUGAGGUAGGACAGUGUCUUACAGGGACAUGAGACCAUAGCCUACCUACACACAUCCAAAACCAACUUUAAUUAAUUAAUUAAUUAAUUAAUUUAUUUUUGAUGAUGUUGGUUAUCGAUGUAAAUUUCGGUAUCAGUAAAUUUCCGGUUUAUCACUCAGCCCUACAAAAAACUGAACCAUGCUAAGAUGAAACCUGAGACUUCUCCGAGCCUGAGCCAAUUAAGAUGGACUGAGGGGGAAAACUGCCCUGUGGACUGACCAUGGGGAUCAUUAGAGUCCAUGUCAUGGGUUUCUUCCACAUCUGUGAAGGCUUCAUUAAUUCUGAACAGUAUCUACAGGUUUAGGAGCAACAUCUGCUGCCAUCCAGACUAAGACUCUUUCAGGGAAGACCUUCAUAUUUUAACAAGACAAUGUCAAACCACAUUCUGACAACAGCAUGGCUCUGUAGGAGAAGAGUCCUGCUGCUAAACUGGUCCGCCUGCAGUCCAGACUUGUGAAAAUUUGGAGCAUCGUGACACCAGAAAUAGGACGAAUGUUUCCAGAGUGGUGGGAAAAGAAGAGCUGAGGUGUCUCCUGUCUCACUGUUUUGAAGAGUAAAGCAAGCACACAUUAAUCCGAAUCUUCCUGUGUUAUUGAUAAAAAUCCAGGGUUGAAAUAAUCUACUAAAACUAUCAGAAUCUGUUUUUAUAAUCACGUUCGCCAGCGUCCCAACUGAACUGGGGUUGUACAUCGUUGUUAUGCAGCUCUGACUUCAACUCAAGAAGUUUCAUUAAAGGACAAUCCAGGCGACAACACAGGAAUUAUUGAAUCAAGUGAGGCAGAGACUUCAUGCUAAACCAGCUGAAAGACCACAAAAUACAAGACUGUGUGUGAGAGAAAAAGGAGAGAACAAGAAAGCAAAGAGUGGAGACUGAGAAUAAAUCCGACUGCAAGACACAAAGAUGGAGAGAGAGCCGCUGAGAGAUGUGAGGGGAAACUUAUGUAACCCUCUUUCUAAUCUUUCCUGCUUUGAGCUGAGGAUCUGCUGAAUGAGGACGAGGAGGGGGGGACAGGAGCGAGCGAGAGGACAGCGCACAAAGAGCCAGUUAAAGACAGUUUAGAAACAGUAAAUAAAUAGAAAUGUGAGGGAUCAGAGGGGCAGAGAGGGGUGGAGAGGCUGAUCCAUCACUGUGGGAGAAAAAAGAGAGAGAAACGGGGAGGAAGAGAGGAUGAGAAAUGUCUCCAUUGAAGGCUGACUGAGGGCAUCAUGCAUGACUGAGUGAAGAGAAAGACGGAGAGGAGAUCAGUGGAGACAGUGUCAUGGUGUUAGAGGAGCUGCCAUGACACAGCGCUCUGUUUUCUCUCUGCUUCACUCGUCUGUUUUCUUCUCAUCAGAUACUCCAGCAUGUUCACAUGAAUUCGUGUCUCUUCCUAGUUGCUCCCAUCUGGUUCCUUUUUUCUUUUCCUCUCCUCUUUUACUCCUUCCUAACUCCUCUCCUCUUUCCCGUCCUUAAUUAUUCUUUCUCUUUCAUCUCCUUUGAUCCUCUCUCUUCUCUUCUUCUUUUCUUUCCUCGUCUCCUUUCCUGUUCGUCCUUUAGUAACUCAAAUGUAGGUGAUUGAAUCUUAUGGUGAAGUGCUUGACCUCCUGUCCUGAUGUUUGUGUUUACACCUGUCACACCGUCCUCAAGUGCUUCAAACCUUUACUCCACAGUCCACACUGACUGAAACCCUCGAGAAGACCACUCUGUCCUCCAUGGACUUCACGCCGCUUUACUGCUGUCUGUUUUAAAGCUGCAGCUAACCCUCUGCUUUGAAAGUCGUCUAGUAGAGCUACGGCUGCACGAUAUAUCAUUUGAGCAUCGUCAUCGCGAUGUACGUGUGCGCCAUAGUCACAUUGCAGAGUCUGCGAUGUUGGACUACCCUGCAAGCCAUCGAUCAAAAUCAGAGAGGAGGAAACCACGCCCCUGCACAUGGAGUGAGUCGCUGGCGCUGCCGGUGUUGUGCCGAGAAACGCAUACCUGCUGAGAAUUACUUUCGGAACAUUACUCAUCACUGUUAAACCCAACAAAUAGGAAUUGUAUGGGUUUUAAAUUGUACGUUUCUGUGGACCACUCUACUAUAGGUGGUGCACGUUUUGCGAGGUGCAUGCAAUUCUCGGCGGGCAUGUGUUUCUUGGCACACCACCGAUAACAACAACAAUUGCAAAAUGAGCAACGAACAAGAGAAAACGACCGAAAACGAAGUCCCAGCACAGUAAAAAUAAGCUAAAAAUAUCUCUGAGACAGACAGAAGCCGUUCUACUAACAUUCACAAAAAGAGGUAAGAUCAGCGCAGGUUAACUGUCUACAAGAUGUCAGCAGUGCAGCACAACAUGAAGUGCUAUUCAGGUCAUCUGGUGCAAAAUUGCAACGUUAGUUUUUUCCAAUAUCAUGCAGCCUUAAGUAGAGCUGUGUUUUUUUGCCCAAAAUCUGAACUCUUGUUGGAGGGAUAAAAAGGUUUGAAUCCAUAUCUUGUGACACUGGUAAACAAUCACGUUUCUCUCUCUCUCUCUCUUUGGCAUGAUUUCCAGCGUCAUCAGUGUUGCCAAAGCAAAAAUACAACAUGCACAAAAUAAUGCUCACAAAAAUAAAUCCCUCUCUCUCCCUCUUCUUCUCAGUACAGUAGGUUGGCAUUGACAUGGUGUCUCUCAGUAUAUUAUCUAAAUCAUAAUUUAACGAAUUAUUUCCUGUUUAAAGGCUCUGUCUGGCGAUCAGUCUAUAGCAGGUGAAAGGUUCAUUGUUAACAAGGGUCGUCACUUUUUAUCUGAAAUUUAAGUAGUCAUUCAUUCAAACUGCAACCAUACAAAACGCAAUGAACAGUUUUAUUUUGAUUUCAAAAUUUAGUUUCUGUUCGAUCCAGCAGAGGGCAGUCUCAUCGUCACCUGACCACUGAAUGCCACUCUUGAGCUCAGCAGUGAUAAUGUUCUACAAAAGUGGAGGCCGUGUGCUGCAAUCAAAGAUAAAGACAGUCGAAUAUAUUCAAACAUUAGUCUGAAAAUAAAAUACAUUGUUCUUGUUUAGAAAAAACACGUUCAAACUGGAAAGCUCUCAAUCCGAGCCAUAUUUCUCUCUUUGUCUCCUGCAGUGCUAAUGUAAGGUGGAUGACUCAGUAUUAACAUGUGGUGUGGUUACUAUAGUAACGAGGUAAGAGUUUUCUCUGCUGUCUCUCAGCUGUUAGAGAAGGAGGAAGAAAAAGAAAAGGAGGAAGAGAGAAGUGAGUGAGAGAGUUCUGAGAGUGAGAUCUGAAGGUGAGGGACUGAAAAUGCUGCUCAGGGUUCGGACUGUGAAGUUUAAUGUCGCAGUUUAGAAAGAGGGACGCCCAGCAUGUCCUCUCCUCAGAUAGGAAUAUUCAAGUGAUGGAGAGAGAGUGGACAUCUAUCAUGUUUCGUUUACCCGUCACUUCCUGGUUGCAGCUUUGCAUGCGCGUGUGUCAGCAGAGAUAGUAAGGAUGCAGUAGUGUUUGUCAUUCUUGCUCCUGCCUUGUCUGUGUCCUCUCCUCUCAAUAAAGACAGAAAGUCCUUCUGUUAACACCGACUACUUGUUGCACUAAAAACACUGCUGCACCAUCCUCUUGUUUUGUCUUAAUAAGCCCGUGCACCAGCAGCUGUUUUGGUCCAGUGACGGUUUCAGCAAAAAUGAUGUAGAAACACUUGCAGCAGUAGGGUCCGUUUGAGAAUUUAAAUGUGACGUUUUGAAACAUUACUAAUCGCUGCAUCCUUUCUUCUACUAACUACUCAUCUUUUGUCCUUAAGUCCUGUCCUCUGUCCUUACCUUCCUUUUUUUCUUCUUAUCUCUUUCUGUUUUAAUCUCCUCCAACUUCCUUUCUUUUCUUUCUCCUUUUUCUGAACUUUACCUUCAAACUAUGGCACGAUUAGAUUUUUUACUUUAUCCGUCUUAAUUAGGGGUGUCCUGACACGAUAUUGAUGUUGGAUAUCGGUCUGAUAUCAACAAAACAAUGAAUAUCAGCACUCCGAUACAAGCAGUCCAGUCCAGACUCCGCUCCGGCACCUCUAGCUAGCAGCGCUCAGAUCUAGCAAGCUGAGCCCACAAAAUCACAACAACAGUGUGUACGAAGGCUCUGACAAAGUAGCAAGGAGUUGGAGUGAUGUCGGCCUUAUGGCAGUAUUUUUUAAGUCCGAAAAAGACAUUGCAGCUGAGUGCAAAACUUGUCAUGUACAAUUUCGGAUCAAUAUCUGUAUGGGUCAAUAUUGAGGACUACAAUAACUGUAUUGAAUUGGAAGUAAAAAAGUUGUAUCUGGACACCUCUAAUCUUAACAAUGGUUAAUAACCUCUCUGAGCAGCUUUCCCAUUACAGUGUGAGAGUAAAUACAUGGAGGAGACCGUCUGGCACCAACUGAUUUUGUGAUUUCAGUGAAAUGUUUGUUUUAAAUCCACUAAUAGUCCGGUGUUUGUUAUCCGGAGUAAUGGAGUCUAAUUAAGUUUUCGAAUUGUGAGCCACAACCCAAAAAGGACGGGGUUUUAAUUUUGGUAAAUUAAACAUCAAACUACUAAAGUUCUCAGAGAGGGGUUUGUUCUUUACUGAAACUUCGGUUGUGUUUUGUGCGUCAUUGUAAGAAAUAACGGAGAUGUUCUCACUCUGAUAUUAAAGGAUGAGAUGAUGAGAGGUGAGGUGAAUUAGAGGAUUGAGCCUGGUUCCUUUGUAAGAAAUGAGGUGCUGGUUUGCGCUCCACAAUAUGGGAGCGGUCCCUGCUGAUUUGCUUCUUUGUAUAUUUGGGGUAAUUAUAUAACAGAGUGAAACCUUUCCUCUCACUGAGGAGGCAGAAUCUGAGCCUGGAAGAGCCUGUCAAAGCAGAAAUCUGGCACAGGAUUACACAUCUGUGAACAAAUCUCUUUCUCUGUAGAGGAUCUGAAAUAUUCUGUAAUUAGCUUCCUCCAGAUUCCCCCUCUUUGUUUCAGACUCGUCCUCCGUCAUGUCUUUCUCUUCCUCACUCCGUGUCCUCCGUAAGACACAGCUCUUCCGCUAAUCUCGGCCAGGGAUCAGCCCGGCAGCCGGCUAUUAAAUCUUGCCGGUGAUAAUAUCUCUUGCUUAAAAAGCAGAGCCUGAAUUAACUCUCCUCAUUCGUCACAGCCUUUUAUCACCCACGGCCUCCAACGGGAAAGCAUGAGAGGAGGUGAGGAGCGCUAAUGUUGGUGAUGAAGGUGAAGUAAUUAAACAUGAGUCGGCACACAACUUCAGGCUUAAAGUCUCUCUCUGAGGAGGAGUGUAUUAAACAGCGGGGUGCAGAGCAGACUCACAUGUGGGGUAAGAAACACUCCUGAAGGUUGAAGGCAGCAGCAGUCAUGACUCUGAGAAGAUGAUGAUGAUGAUGAUGAAGGUGAUUUUGAUCAAUGGAGGUGAGGUAUGGAUGUGGCAGGCCGGCAGAGACACUGCUCCCCCCUUCUCUGUGAGUCACAUACACAGGAUUAGUCUGAGCCUGAGGGUGUGUAGAUGCAGCAGUGUGUCUGAAGUCAAAGUAGGACACACACUCCCAGUGUGGAGAACUGCAGAGAUCAGUGUGUGCACGUUUAUCGUCGACAGACCAUGAGACUGGUGACUACUACACUGGUCUGUCAUUGAGGGUAUUUAACAAAGACAGUGAUCUGGUGUCUAAUGGAUUAAUCAGUGAACCGUUUAAUCAAUCAGCUCACAGCUUUUCCAGUUUGACUAGAAGAUCACUUUGUUACUGAGCUUUCUGUGUUAAGUGUCUGGUUCUGGUUCUGAUUGGUCAGAACCCCCGACAAGUUCUGAAUAAGUGAUAUCAGAAGAAAACUGAUCAUGCACACAUCAAUUUUACCCACAGAGAGAGAUGUUACGACACAUCUGGUGAAUAGUUAAUGAUUGAGAGAGGAGACAGAAGGAGAGAGGAGAGCAGGGAGAGGAGCUGGAGGAGGCAGGUGUGUGUCCGUGUGUUUGUCUGAAAAGCCAAGGGACAGAAUGAGCAUGACAAGAGAGAGAGUAGCUACCAUGAGCAUGCACGGGCCAUAAUAAGCUAAAGACUGCCAGGCUGAAAACUGAGAGACUUCAUUGUAAAUAAUAAUCAAAGAAUAAUAAUCAUUAUCGGCAGCGCAGUCUCAAAAGACCAUGGAUUUCUUGUGCCUGGAAGGAGGGUUUUAGCGCAGUGUCGUCUGUGGCUGAGAAGCCUGAUGCAUGAGAGGCAGAUUCGGCCGCACAUGUGGAAUAUGAAGGCGAGUCCUGAUGAUGCUGUUGGUGUGAUACUGUCCUGUUGUUGUUGUUGCUUUCUCCUUGUCCACUUUUCUUUGUGGUGUUGGACUAGGGUGGUUUCGUGGGUGAGCUGACCGCUACGGAGUGCUUGCUGCCACUGAGUGCAGUCCUGAGUGGACUCUUCCCAGGUGGCAGGGCUGAUGUUGACGGUCUUUAGGUCUUGCUUGCAUACGUCUUUAUAGCCCAGCUGGGGUCGGCCGAUCUGUCUCUUGCCAGAUGACAGUUUGGCACAGAGGACGUCCUUUGGGAGCCGUCCAUUCGAAUAAUAAUAAAUGCAUUACUUUGGUGUGUUUCAGACUCAUUAAUGCCCUUCAGAUCCUCAAAUACUCAAAAACAGGUCCCAGAAUACGUAAAUCAGCCCUCGAGGUUUUGCAAAAGUAAAGGUCUUUAAAGAAAUAGUUUCGCUGCUGCAUCUGUCUCUAAAGCAGCAACUCCAAAAGAAAUUGUUCUUGCACAGAUAAUCUCUCCUUCCUGUUUGGUUUUAUUACCUGCGUGCACACUGUGCUCCUCUCUAAAUCAAACACUAUGUGACGGUGAUUAUACAGAGUUCAGUGUGUUCCUUUAUUUAAGGUUUGUCUGUUGUGUGGCUGAACCAUCAGUGAGGUUUCCAGGAGCCAAGUCUGUCCUGAGCUCACACUGAGAUUUUCAUCAACACCUACACAGGAACAUGGAGAGAGGCCAGACUGACCAGCAAACACACACCCAGAAACACACACAUACACACACACACACACUCAGCUGUCAUCCCUGCUCCUCUUCCUCUUCAGCCUCCGUCUUACUCGGUGAUUCAUCAAAAGAGCAUCCAUGUUGCUGAAUGUCAGCCGGUACACAAACUCCACCGUCUCCACCCUCCCUGUAUCUGAACACGCAGCUCCGUCUUCCUCUCAGUGUGCGGCUGGAGCUGUUGUUGACAGGAGGAAGAGGAAUGGGAGCUGUGGUGCAGCCAGCAUGGUUUCAGCUUUCAGCGACAGCCUCCAUCACAGCCGAGCCUCCUGCUCCACCUGGCAUUAAAGGCUGUUUCCAUCACAGGGUGGAGAGAAGACAAUAAUACUGUAUCUGUGUCGACAUAUAAUGAGAGCUAUAAGAAAUAUCCACAUGGUAGCUAUUUCUUUUUCACAUCAGCAAAAAUAAAAACAGUGUAUGGAGAGCAAAAACAGGCAGAACACAGUUUACCAUAAUGGUACCUCAGCUCCCAUCAGAGGUCAUCUAAAAAUGACUUUAUCUUCAUGGACAUGUAGCUUACAAUCGGCACUUCGAUUUCCUGACUUCCUGGAAUGCAUCAGAAAUGAUAGACCCCGCCUCCAUUCAACAAACACACAUUUUAAAAGUUGUUUACUCUUCCCUUUGAGGAUGGACUCGACUAUUUUUGACGUACUUUUUUAACAAAGAGUGAAAGUCUGUUUUAAAACGCUCAGUAUGUCACAAGAAUACAGUUUGUUUUUACCCUCCUAGGCCUCUAACGGACUGGCUUUUGUAUACAGCCGUGAUUGUGAACAUUUAUUCUGGAUUUUACAACAAAUAAAGGAGACGAUCAGUUUCUUUUUCACUUUCUAUAAUAAAACAAUAAACCAGAGUGAAACAGCCGCCUCAGAAAGUCAACCAUUGUUCUGAGAUACUGACAGUUCACCAGCAAAUGAUAGCUUGUUGGUUCAGAGUUUGAUUAAUCAGCAGCUGACAAGAAGCUGAAAAAGGACAUCGGCUGUACGAAAACACUUUGUUGUUGCUUAAUGUGAAAGAAAGACCAAGUUGUUGUUUCGUGGAUUUCCCUCAAAAUGACUUUGUGCGUCACCGCUGCCGGAGCCGGGAGACUGUCGCCGUUUGGCAAAGGCCACAGAAACAUUAUAGACAAUAGUGCAUCUAAAUCUGUAUCCACAACACACCCACAGCACUGCUACACACACACACACACACACACACACACACACACACACACACACACACACACACACACACAGUUCUAUUGUAAAUCGGGUGUCUUAAUGGAGCAGUAAGAGAAAGGCAGGAUGUGUCUGAGGGUAUUAUUGGAAACAGUUUAAAGGACAUUGUGUGUGUGUAUUCGUGUGUGUUUGUGUGUGUGUGUGUGUGUGUGUCUUUACUAAGUGUGUGUUUGUGUGGGCUUGUUCCUGUGUUUUUUGGUAACGUUAUAUUUAGCCUGUGGCUUGAAUGAUGAAAGUAAAACAACACCUCAGAGUUAGUCAGACAUUGUGUGUGUGUGCAUGUGUGUGUGUGCGUUUGUUUUAUUGGAGUGUUUAUGAGAGACACACAAAGUGAAAGUGCAGCUACACAAACCUGAUCCAGUGUUUCCAUCUCCUCUUGAGUCUAUACCAUCAGCUCAUUUACAUUAAACACAAAUUGAUCCAGAGUUCAUUAAAAAGUUUCCUUUCUUUACUGUGAGGAACUGAUAGCAGCGGCUAAUAGCUCUAAGAAUUCCCCAUAAUCCACCCUGCUUUCUGCUUCAUCUUCAAUCCACAGAAAACAUACAUUCACAUUGCACUUAUGAUAUUUAAACACAAAACAACUUCAAAGCUCUGCUGCUUUGUGCAUUUUAUUGUGAUUGAGAUAAGCUCGUAAGCCUCUCCUGCUGCCCAGAGCUGCACAGCGAGCUCUCUUUCUGACUCUGACCGCAUUAACACUGAGCUGGAUGGAGAGCAGCACUCUGAAACCUGAGACUCAUGACGAUGUCUAUACUUUCAGGAGCUUGAAAAAGCAGCCCACUCUGACAAAUAUAAAAAUAAAGACACGAAAAAGCUCUGACACUGCCUGUGAAUGCAUGAAGACUUAUUUUUGCUCUGAAUGAACGUUUAGUAUCUUAUUUAAAAACGUGCACAGUGAGGUCACUUUGAGGUGCAUUUAACCCUUUAUAUGCAUGAUUUGUGAGCUACAUGUUGCUUUUUGUCUCAAUUGUGUAGGGUUAGCAGGUACAAAAUCUGUCCAGUCUGUUGUGAAUCAGACUCUAGAGGACAUGAGGGCCGUUCCAUCUCUUGCUGCUUUUCUGAAUGUGCCCCUGAAGCAAGACGUGAAAGAGUUCCAGUAAAUCAGGAAUAUAUUGAAUGAGAUUCUGUCUCAGUCUUACAGUAAUGAAACUCUUUGUUGAAUCACGCUGUAUUUUUCACAGUGUUUUUUUUUGGGAUGACGUAAGGGGGAGGGCUCCAGCUUUGUGUAGUUAAAGCAGAAACUCACAUCAUUAAUUCAGUCUGAGCUCGAUAAAAACACAAACUGUGUGAGGAAUCGAGCGGAGCAGAGCGGCCUGUUUGUCUGGACGUCAGCUGGCUGUUAAAGACUCCACACAAACACCGUUUUUGUCCUGAGCUGCUUGUCCAGCCAGCACACAGUCACCUUGGCUAAGUGUGUGUGUGUGUGUGUGUGUGUGUGUGUGUGUGUGUGUGCGGGGAAUACCCCACAGUGCAGCUCUUUGUCUCAGAGGAUUCGGUUGCACCAAACGGACAAAGCAUCCAUGGUUGCUAGCAGCGACGGUAACAGGUGAAGUGAAACUUAAGGGCAAAACGACUGUGUGUGUGUGUGUGUGUGUGUGUGUGUGUGUGUGUGUGUGUGUGUGUGUGUGUGUGUGUGUGUGUGUGUGUGUGUAGAACUUUAUGAGUAACAGAAGUGAAACAAAGGGACUGCUGGUUGAAAGAAAUGUCAAAGUUUUCACACUCACACACAUUUAGAGUUGCCUCUGGCUGUGUUUUUCCAAAGUCUCCAUAAAGCAAACUAAACCUCUGCAGGACGUCCCUGUGAGUGUGUGUGUGUGUGUGUGUGUGUGUGUGUGUGUGUGUGUGUGUGUGUGUGUGUGUGAGAGAGAGAGAGAGGGAGAGAGAGAGAGAGAGAGAGAGAGACCAAAAAAGUGAAAAUAAAAGGUUAGAAAAAGUGAGAAGUGGAGGUAAGAGAUCAGAACAGGAAGUUUAUGAUGAAGAGAAGUCACCAAAGUGUCAAAGCGACUGUGUUUCUGCUUCACUUUGCAGCUCGGAGCAGGUAGAGGGCGCUGUUUUGUUUUGUCCUUUAAAUGCUGCCAAAAACAGUCAACAGUAAUAAAAAAAACAAACAAAGAUAAGUUAAUUUCGGGUUGUCACACAUGAAGAUGAUAUUUCCCAGCUAUAAAAACAUCUUGGUGAUAUUUUCCUUUGUUCACAGAGACAGAUUCAGAGACACUCCUGCUUGUCUCUGUGUGUUUUUUUUCCCUCACAAUAACAGAGUCAUUAUGAGAGCAGACUCACAAUGACUGAGCAGACAAACACUGUGAGACACAAAGAGGAGUUAAGAUCAUGAUAAAUGUUUAUGAGCUCCUGCUAAUCAUCAGUUAAAGACCUCAGGAGAGAGUCUGUGACACAUGAUUAAGUUCAUGAUGAUAACGGUGAGCGCAGACAGGAACUCAAACCUCUGUAAUAACACGACGCAAUGAUGGUGUCUGUUACUUCACGGAUGUUGUUUAUAUGUUUAAAGGAGAAUUUUUUGAAAAGCAGGUAUACGCGGUCUGGUUUCAGAUCCCUGUGUGUGUGUGUGUGUGUGUGUGUGUGUGUGUGUGUGUGUGUGUGUAUCGGGGUUAGGACUGGCCUUCAGGGUCACACAGGGAUCACUGGAUGACAGCAGAGUGUGUUAUAUUACAGUUCAUGAACAGUACAGACACUGAGUAACUCUGCAGACUCACUGACACACUUCACCCUUAUUUCAUCAGGAAUAAUCCUCAUGAAGGGUCGACCCGCUGUUCAUUUAAAUCCAGAGGAAUUAAAGGGAUAUUCCAGCGUAAAAUUAAGUUUUGGUCAAACACACCGUAACACCGAGUUAGACACCCCGUCGAGAGAUGAAUGUUGCCGACCGCUUGCUUCUCUAGUUAUACCAACUUUAGUAAUGAUCGCAGAUAGCGAUACAGAGAGCCACGCCCUCAACCAAAACGCCACUCUGUAGACACAAAUAAUGCUCAGAACAGCACCUAACUUCAUCAACAGGACAUAUAGGGUCACAGACAUAGUACUAGCCACCAAACAUCUUUUUAACUUUGACUGAUUUCUUUAGCAAAGAGUCUACAUUGAACUCCCCUUCUCUCUUCCAGCAGCCACUUGUUUGUUAUGAUAAUUUCUUUAUCGUUUCCUUGAAGUAAUAAUCAUCAUAUUAGUCAGAUUGCACUGCAGACGUUGUAGUUCUUCUGCCUUAGCGUCUCGGUCUGAUUGCAUUUCCAUGAGGAACUGAUCAUAAAUGUUCUUCCUUCAAUGGACUCACCGUCUCUGUACAAACAAGCGCCUGCUGGAAGCAAGAGGGUGAGUUGUGUUUAGUCUCUUUGCUAAAGAAAUCAGGCAAAGCUAAAAAGAUGUUUGGUGGCUAGGACCCUAUAUGUCCUGUUGAUGAAGUUAGGUGCUGUUCUGAUCAUUAUUUGUGGUGUUUUGGUUGAGGUUUGUUUAUGGCUCCUCAGACUGCUGUGUAUUGCUAUUUUGUGGUCGUUACUAAAGUUUGUAAAACUAGAGAAGCAAGCGGUCGGCAACAUUCAUCUCUCUAGGGGGUGUCUAACUGUGUUACUGUGUGUUUGACCCUAAAUUAAUUUUACGCCGGAAUAUCCCUUAAAUUCACUUGUUGACUCGUGUCGUUUUGGUUGAGAUUUCGUCAGAGGAACUUUGUUUUCAUUUUCCUUCAAACUUUCUUAGAUAGUGUUUUGAUAGUUUGUAAAAAGUCUGAAUGAAGAAAGAAUACCUCGAGGCUGAAAUGUGUUUCUAACUCAAACUUCCUCAAGUCAUAGAAACGACUGUAGGCCUGAAACUUUAUUUCAUUAUGUUUGUUUGCUCCUAGGUGACAUUUUAUUAUCGUGUAGUGUCACUGUGGCUGAACUCCGAAAACUUGAACUCUUCCUUCUGACUCCUCACAGACUUCAGCUUCUCUUUCUGUGGCUCCAAACUGCAGAAAUACGACCGACUCUGGCACCAGUUUGACACUGACUUGGUGGUUGAGUCAGUGUAGCUGCGGUAGACUCGCAGAAGUGCAGAAUUAUAAUUUUUGCAAAGUUGAAUCGCAUAUUUAAGAUGCAGAGUGGUGACUAUCACCUGAUUAUAUGGGUGCAAAACAGAGAUACAUCAUUCAUCAAAACACUGACUAUAAUAGAGAGAGAGAGAGAGAGAGAGAGAGGUGUGUGUGAGUGUGUAGGAGAGAGAGUGUAGGUGUUAAAAUGAGCGUGGGAGGCAGAAAGAGGUGAAGUUGGAGAAGAAGAGGAGUGAAGGACAGUUCAGUGGAGUGGUCAAACUGCUGCUGAAUGUGCUGCUGACUCACACACACACACACUCACACACGCACACACACACACACACACACACUAUCUGUGAGCUCAAAGAAAACCGCACUGAUGAAGUAAACACUAUCAUCCUCUCAGUAUUGAUGUCCAACCCCUUUUCUCUCAUUUGUCAACAGAGCUGUCAAUCAUGCCCCUUAUUUUAUAGCUUGAGAAAACCUGUUAAAACCAAAGUGGUGAGAAAACUGAACAUUCAGACAUUAAUCAGCGUGAUAGAAACUAACUGAACCGUUAGAAACUAAGAUUGAGAAAAGCUUAUCUGUGGUAUGUUUUCAUUUUCCAGUUCUGUUCAUGUUCCAUCUGUUUACACUUUUCUGAUGAGGACUUGAUUCAGUCAGGUGCAUUUUAAAGCCGUUAGCUGUUGGACUUAAAAGAGGAAGAGAUAUCAGGAGACACAUGAUAAAUCAGUUUUGAUGCAGUUGUCCAUUCUUGUUGUUACCUUGGAUACCAGCUUUUUUUUCGAAGCUCUUACAUGUGAUAAGAAAUCUCUGUUUCUGGAGGAUGUUUGGUAAAGAUCCAGAAAAUGCGCCCAAAGGCUGACCACUUCAGUUUUUUUAAAUCUGGCUAAACUAUCCCCACACCCACUCAGAGGGUUUCUCUUCCUGUGCUAACCGCCGCUGACAGUAAAAAUACCCUCAAAAGUUCCUGGAGGGGGAGAGUGGGAGUUGUGUCUCCCGCCUACCAUCACCGUCCUCGCUCUGUCAUCUCUUACAUCUGUGCAGCGCUCCCUGGUUCUCCCCGCAGACUAAAGCUUCAGAUCCAAACUCUACUGCUGUUUUUAAACACAUAAGGCUGCUUCAUAAAUGUCAGGAACAGCAGCCUGAAAGUACAGCAGGGACUUUCUUUACAUUUCCAGACCAUCUAAAUGGCUCAUUGUUCCCGAUAAUGUCACUGUGUUGUUGACUCAUUAGCUGCACUUUCACUUAAAGAAGAAAAAUAAACACUUAUGAGGGAGAUCAGUGUUGUGAUUAGUUAGCGAGUGCUGCUGCUCCUGGGUGGAGGACACCUCUUCACCUUUUUGUCGGUGCGCUUGGUUCACUUCAUUCAAACACAGAUGAUUUUAAAACCUUGGCAUUGAAAGACAAACAGUGAUUCAUUCAGAUUUUGUGUUUGAAAGUUGGAUGAGUAUUUUGAAACCAGCAGCAGCUGUUACAUCUCUCUGAUGUUUGGCAUUUGGCUGAUUACCUGUAUCAGCCUUUUUAUUCUACAGAAGGCUGAUAAAAGUCUGCUACUUCGACUCUCUGGGUUUAUUUUCUUUCUAAUGUCCCAACCAUGACACUAUCUGAUCAGCUGGGCGUCACGCAUUUAACAUUUGCACAAAAAAUGUAAAGCUCCUGUGAGAAACUUCAAAAUUCUGGAGCCCCCUGUGGACAAAACAGUCUUUGUUUAUCUUGGACUUCUGAUGAAAAAACAACAACUCAUCUUUCUGACAUUUGAUGGUUGAACGUUUUAUUUAUCGUGAAUCUUUUUGAGAAACUGGAUAAUCAGUUUCAACUCCUUUAAGCAAAUUUUAGAGUUGGAGUUUAAAAUAUUUGGAAUUAUGAAUUUUAACAGAAAGUUUUUAAUACAUCGAUGUCACAAACUUUUACUGACCUACAUCGAUGCCGACCCUUUAAGACCAAUAUCAGCCGAGCACAAGCGUGUGAGAUGAAGAAGUACGUAGACUACAGACUUUCCUUUCUCUUAUAUGAAUGACCAGAAUAAAUAAGGUGCAAUAUUUGAUAAUGAUGAUUUUUUUCUGUGGGUUGAAACCCAAAGCAGAUCAAACAUGUGACGGCGCUCUUUCUUUUUUUUUUCAGACAUUACCCCAAGACAUCGUUCACCAUCGUGGCUGACACACCAGAGAACCUGAGACUAAAGCAGCAGAGCGAGCUACAGAGCCAGGUAAACACACACACACACACACACACACACACACACACACACACACACACACACACACACACGUCCUAACAUUCACUGAAGCCCUGACUGAUCCUCAUGUGCGGCAGGUGUGUAACUGUAACUUCCUCGUCUCAGUGGGAGAGUUAAUUCUGGCGCCCCCUGUUGACAAAAAUAUACAUCAUAUACUUUUAGCUUUUGAAAAUCGUCUUUAAAGAAGUUUUAAACAUGAUAAAUAAAGAUGAGUCGUGUCUACGGUGCUCUUGUUGGUCCUUCAAGCUCGUCUCAGUUUACUCAGUUUGCCGUUUGUUUCACUGACGGCUGCAGAUUUCAGGCUCUUAGCUCCGCCCCUCUGGCACCACACAGAGAUGAAAACAAACAAACCCUCAGGUGUGUCAGUAAAAGCUGCGCUGACAGCUUCCUGAAGAUGAGAUGAGUCACUGCGCUGAUGUACUCGCACACACGCAUACACAGAUAAAAACGCUCAAACCUUCAUGCAAAGAACAUGUAUGUGAGAGGAAACGUGUUACACCUGUUUCAUAUACCCUCGUCCUGUGUCUGUGUGUGUGUGUGUGCGCGCGCACUCUGCAGACUGCAUCACAAAAGGACAGAUGUCCACUCAGCAGAGAGCAGGAGGAGACAUGCUGUUUGUCUUCGGAUGUGUGUGUAUGUGUGUGUGUGUGUGUGUGUGUGUGUGUGUGUGUGUGUGUGUGUGUGUGUGUGUGUGUGGUCUGUCCCUCAUUAAAACAACAGUAUAUUACCAGUUUGUCAUUUAUUGUUCAAAGAUUUACACUCUCAUUUAUUCUGUCCUCGUCUCUCUCUCCACCUCUUCUUCUCGGCAAACGUCUGUCCGUCUUUUCAAACUCAGUUCUUGUUUCAGCUCCAAAUCUGAACGUUCAGAGUCUAAAUCCAAACAGCUGGACAGAAUAUAUACUCACUCAGAAAUACUCACUCCUGUUUUUCGGCUCAGUUUUGAUCAGAGCACGGAGUUACACAGUCGCAGAAGUAAACCUGAACAGAAGUGGGAAGUUGCUCCAGGUCACAAAUCGAGCGCUUUGUUUCUUUCAUUCUCUGUUUGUGUUAAACUUUAUUCUUGAAUCAGGGAUGUGAACAUUUUUAUUGGUUUUCUGUUAGUUUAAAGUGCUGUGUGCUGCAGAGAGUGCAUGAGAAGUACUUUACAAACAGAGUCAGAUGGAUGGAUGAGUUUCUCACAUGGAGCUCUGUGGGGUCUCCUUGGCUCUAGUGGACACUCGAGGAACUGCAGUUUUCUGCACUUGUGUAUUAGUUUGCAUUUCAUGACUUCAACACAAUUUUUUGUCUGUUUGAUUUUUCAUGUUGCCAUAUCAUCUCACUCACUUCUCAAUAUACAGCUUUUAGAGCUUCUUCCAGUGCAAAGAAGACUGAGGCUGAGACCUUUGGGACUUUGUCCAUUUUGGACGGGUCAGCUCCUGAAAAUAUUCAUCUUCUCUUUUUGUUGUUUAAAAAUCAAACAUCCCCUCAGAUUGAUUCUUUUAAAGUCACUUUCUCACCUGCUUGAGUUUUAAAAUGCUCUUAUUCCUCCUCAUUACCUCCAGGAGUAAGGUUGAUAUGAAUCAUACUCUCUUCCUCUUCCUCCUCCUCCUCCUCUUCUUCUUUUAACUUUUCUGAUCUAAGCGCGAGUCGUCCCCGGAGGUGAGGUUGAAAUCACUUCACAUUAGCGCUGCAGCUCUGAGCAGACUGAUUAUAAGAGACGGUGACAGCGUGCAGAGCGAGCGAACGUUCACUCUGUGGGAAAACCUCCUCGUCUUCUGCUCUGACCUACUUCAGUGGAGGUGCAGAGGAGGGGACGUGACAUCACCGUCAUGUGACCAGAUGGUGUCGUCUCACAGCCAAAGAGUCGAAAUGAGUUGAUGCAAUCUGUCAGGAAACAGACCUGUCCAUCCUCACAUGCUUCCUCCCUCAGAUCCUUCCUACCUAACUUCUCUCCUCCAUCACUUUCCUCCUACAUCUGAACAUCCUUUCCUCAGCUUCGUCUACACCCUUCAUUUCUCCAACAACACAUCACUUUUCAGAAGCUUCAUUUGGCAUCUCCACCUGGACGCAUCUUCUUCUUGUGCUUUCAAUCGACUCUCAAAGUCAGGAGCAGCUUACCUUCAACGCUUUUCCCUGAUUUAAGACGCACAGAGAGCAAAAAUAGCUCCAGUGGAUGAGUCAUAGAGCCAAGACUGUAGUUUCUAACAUUUUUCAAAUGAAUAUAAUACCACCAAUAAGAGGUAAAAGCAAGGCCAUAAUGACCUUAUUACAGCUCUGCCAGUCGCAUACAGAAAAAAAUGAAACUCUUCACACAACUCUGAAAACUUGAAACUCUUCAAGGAUUCAAGGAAUCUUUAUUGUCCAAAUCAAUAUUGGCAAAUCGCUUUACAGCCAGCAGUGCCACAAACAGACAAGCAAGCACAGCAAUAAAUAAAUAAAAAAACGAUAAACAGAGAGACUAAAAACAAUCACUUGUUUAAAGACCUAUGGCGGCAUGUUUGUCCUACAUCUAGGCAGGACGUACCUGCAGCCUGACGGGAGCAGCACAAACUCACCAGCCGAGGGGUGGCUCUGAUCAGUGAGGAGUGAGCGAGCCUUGCUUAGUGUUCUAAGCUUAAAAGUGACUUUCUUGAGAUCCUUGAGGUUAAUGCCAGCAGUUUUGCUGCUCAUUUUCUCUAUACCAGACAGUCUGUUCUUGUUUUUUAAGGAGAGUGGGCCGUACCAGCAAAUAAAAGAGAAAGUAAAAACAGACUCAAUCAAACAGGAAUAAAACAUUUUCAUCAAAGUGCUGUCAACAUUAAAACUCUGCAGUUUCCUGAAAAAGUACAAACGUACAUGUGUUCGUGCUCUUUGAUUUUCACUAGAAAGUUUAGGUUCUGCUUAACAGAGUUGAUAUGACGUCUGACGUCUGCCUACCGCUGAACCAACUGAUUCCAAUCCUGUCAAAUGAGACCGUUAUUCCUUCAUCCAUCAGAUCGCUCCUUCAACAUCAUCACCAUCCCUCCCAGAUAUCUUCUCUAUCAAAUUUACAUCCUCUUCUAAACAUCCUCUGUUAGAUCUGUUAUCUUUUCAAACCUUGCUCCCUCUGUUAUUAAAUUGUUACCUCCCUCAUGGCGGUCCUGCUUUGAUCGUUGGUCACCAGCUGAAAAAACACACGUGUCAUAUUAGCUCUGCGGGACGCUCUGGAUGGGUGAAUGCUGCUGUAAUCUGCUUUGUUUUUGGGAACAAUCGCAGUGACACACUCACACACUCUCUCUCUCUCUCUCUCUCUCUCUCUCUCUCUCUCUAUCUUUCUGUCUGAGUCAUACUCCUGCAGUUUACAGCCUUAUGUAACUCUGAGGGUUAAUGGGCUGGUACUGAUGACUGAUCCACAGCAGCAGGAUGACUUUAUGGCUGGAUGAGCUGCAGAGUGUCUCUAAAGGUUGAGAGGAGAGUGACCGCCUGCUGCUCGCUCGUUGUUAUUGUCUGAGGGUUGUAAAUCGUUCAACCUCAUCUCUGAUUGACAGGAACGCUGCAGUCACUCCCAAAGAUGUGUGUUAGAUUUUGACCAUGAGUGACAGCUUGAGAAGAAACUCAGAGGUUUCUGUGUGUAAUAUUGGGUGAUCACUUCACUUUACUUGAAGCUUGAAGUUAUUAUUCAUUUAUGACUUACAGAGCAAACACGAACAUUAGUCUGAGGAUUUAUUAUUUUUAUGAGGUUAUUUACAAUACUAGUAACAGGAAAAUGGUGACGCUGUAAAUUGCUGAUUUAAAUGGAUGUUGACGGUUUUACAAACUUUGAUUCAAACUGGUGCAAAGAGAACUUAUGAAUCUUGAAACUGAAACUUUCAUUGAUUUAUGAAAAAUGUAUGCUCCUUUUAAGUUAGGUGUCAGCUACAAAUGUCAAAAAUGAUCAAUCAAACAGGUCAAAAGUUGUUAAAGAGGAAAAACCAAACAGGUAAAAAGUUGUCUAAUGGUGGAGGAGCAUUUUUAAACUAAAGAGGUGAAUUUCCAACAGGUUAUUCAUAUGACUGGGUAUAAAAAGGAUGUUCAGAGAGGCUGAGUCUCUCAGGGGAAAGAUGGGAAGAGGUUCACCACUCCGUGAGGGACUGCGUGAGCUAAUAGAUCAACAGUUUCAGAAUCAUGAUUUUAUUUUGAAGCUUUAAAGAAUGUAAAGAAGAAAUUUUACAUGACCAUGAUCCUGAAAAAGAUUAAAAAGUAUGAAAGAGGAUUAGGGCCACAAGAAAAGAAAAAAAUUGUAACAGGCAGAUUUUUUAAAUUUCCAUUUUGAGGAUUCAAGUUGAAAUUUCAAGAUUAAAGUCGAGAUUUAAAAAAGUCAAAAUGAAAAAAAUCGAUAUUUCAACAUUCAGGCUGAAAGUUCGAAAUUUAAAAAAUUGAAAUUACGUGAAUAAUGUUAAAGUUUCGACUUAAAUCUCAAAAUUUUAAUUGUCUUAAUCUCGAAAUUUUGACAUUUUGUGAACUCGGAAUUUCAACUUUAAUCUUGAAAUUUUGACUUUAAUCUUCUUCCUUUAAAUUUAUUUUUCUCUCCAUGUGGCCCUAAUCCUCUUUUGUAAAAAAUGAGAAUAUUUUUCAUAAAACAAGUCAAAUUUUUCAGCUUCGUCAUUUGAGGUCUAGUCUUUGCACUAUUUUAAGUUUAAAAAAGAAGAUAGAUCAGCUCAAAAUCAGUACAAAAGUUCUUCACAGGAGCUUUAAGAUGAUCUGUAUCUGCUAAAAUUGGUCAUGAUAUUUUCACGUCAGGCAAACAGACUCAGAGUAAAUCAGAAACAGCUGAUUUGGAGUAUAGAUACGUUUCCUUAUUUUCAAGCGUCCCUCUGUGUCUUUGCUCUCCUGCAGGUGAAAUAUAAGAAGGACUUUGAAGAGAGUAAAGGUCGAGGGUUCAGCAUCGUGUCCGACACUCCAGAGAUGCAAAGACUCAGAAAGACUCAGGAGCAGAUCAGUAUUGUACGUAUGAGAAACACACGCACACACGCACACGCACACGCACACACACACACACACACACACACAUGCACACACACAAGUCAAGAAACAUGCAUAGAUACACACUACUGAUGUUACUUCAUGGUGUUUGGACGCUUCAGAGUGUGUGUGUGUGUGUGUGUUUGUGUGCAAGUGGAUGCAUGAGACAAAGUGAAAGGUGCAAUAAAGUCAGUGAGCAUAAAGGUACACACUUAAUAUCCACAUACACACACUAACACACACUGGACACACAAAAUCUCAACAUCGAGCCGCUUGGUGUGGGAGACAUCAGCUGUUUGAAGACGAGCUCCUUCUGAAGACAGAGAGACGGAGAGAGUAAGUGAGAGCGAUUUUAUUUAAGAUUUGUAAAUUUCUCAACUUUGACCAUAAACUGUAAUAACUCAUCUUCUGUGUGUGGGUGUUUUUGUGUGUGUGAACAGAUACAGACGUGUCCAGCUGCUCUGUCCUGGACUUAUCAGGUAGUGUUUUACUUUCUUUCAUAUCCCUCUCUCAGUGGAUCUUUCCUAAACAUCCUCAUAAAAUCAAACUGUGUGUUUUUCAUUGUUUUGGUAACACAAACUGAUAUUAGCGACAAAGCCAAGAUAGGUACAAAAACACAGAGUCAAAAUCAACACUUGGACAUGAAUCGUCACGAUGAGAGAUAAGUAUAAAGAUGAUUGAGGAAAACUACUUUGACUUGUACUUUAAUUCUGUUGCUAACGCAUGUUCCAUCUGUUUCCAUGGAGGAGGCGGGCCUUUUGACCUAUACUGCAGUUAUGUAGGAGGGGCUCUUCAUUUGUUUGGGAUUUUUUUAAAGCAUUUGAGUUGUGCUGAUUAUUUAUGAGGCGUAUUUAAACAAUUCAAGACAUGACAGAAUAAAAACAGUCAAAAAAAAAGGUAAAAUAUUGAGGUGUAGGGAUUGGUUUGGUUCUGUUUUAGAGUUUGAAGGGUUAAAAACAUCGUCUCUUAUCUUUCCUUACAACAUCAAUUCAGCUCGGACCUUUUCCUCUUUAUUUUUUGGUUAUUUCACGUCUCCCUCCUCUUUUUUCUGUCUCUAGCCCUCCCAUCAUCAUCACCUCUUCUUCUGUCCAUCCUUUGUCUUCUGCCCUCCCCCCCUCCAGUCUGUUUACAUGACCGCGUGAUCCUGUUAUUCCGCUGCAUAAAUACACCACCCAUUUCUUCCACUUUAAUUCACUCAUACACACAUCGCUCUCCCUCUGAUGGUGUGACAUUCAGCGGCCGACACAUCUUUUAUUGAGUCACUCAGCUGUUUUCAGGGUUGACCUGCUGAUGAAAGAGGAAGAGGAGGUCAGAGAGGACACAGACAGAGUGAGCUGAAGGAGACGAAAAAACAAAAUAAAAUAAAGUUACGGUAAAAAAGAAAGGGUUUGUUAGAGGAGGAUAUGAGUCUGAGGAGAAGCGUGUUAUCCUGCAGAGGUUUCCAGGCAGUAAACCUGGUUCACAUCAGGACGAGAUCACACGGAUCUCUCCGAGGAAAAGCUUUUGUGUUUCCAAAUUCAUUAACAAGAUCUGAAGAGGAGAGAGAGACACAGCUCCAGGAGCUCCUGGUCACAAGACAGCCUUCAUUUUUUUUUUCUCCAUCUCCAAAAACCGUCUUUCCCACUUCAGCUUUGAGUGGAGACAGAUUCUCACCAAAGCCGUGAGUCCUCAGGGAGCCGUGUUUACUGUGAUUCAGGGUGAGAGGGUUCUGACUACAGGCUCGGGGUGCAGCCAGGACUCCACAGGCAGGACUCAGAGACCUGAUUCAUCGCUUCUCCUCCGUUUCUCUCAGCUUUUAUGUUUCUGAUGGAGUUCUGCCCAGAUUCUUGUACUCUGGAUUUUAUCGGCUUCAUAUUCACAUUUUUGCAAAUUGGGUAUUUGCGCUGUUUACUGGAUCUGGACGUCAAUUAAAACAGAUUAAACAAAAAAACAAAAAGUGAUAAAGCAGGAUGCCCUGAGCAGCUCAGCUCAGAUUAUAGGAUCAAUUUAUCAGGCCAAAGUGUUUGCAUUUAUCUCCAAUGAGCUCAGAUUGAUCGUGUCUGAGGGGUCCUGGUAGGGUAUCGAUAAUAAUAUCAUUGUGAAGAUUAAGGUUUUUGAUUUUAUUUCAGUGUUUUUCAUGUGUUUGGCAAAUUUCACAUUCCUUCCAGCUUACUCAUCUUCAACUCUAAGACAACAGACACACAUUCAUUCAGCAGGUACCAGUCUUUGUUGUUAUACCACACACACACACUCAGUACCCAGCACUGGCACUGCGGCUGAAGUGAAGGGCACAGUGGCGAUAAGGUCUGGAGUAGAGGGCUAAAUGUGGAAGUCUGAAGUGAUAAGAAAUACCUGAUGAGCCGACACCCAGUAGACAGUCAGACCUCACAGGAGACGAGCCGAAGCAGAGUGGUCGCUUUGGAGGACGGUUAAGAUUCUGAGGAGAAAGUCGAAAAGACUCUGAGGAACCAAGUAGAGAGCAGGAGGAGAUACAGAGAGAUCAGUUUGUAAGAGAAAGCCAAAUCUACUUAAGACGUUCAGAGUCAGCGAAACUUCCUCUGUGGAGAGUUUUUGGAUCCUUAAAAACUUUCCCAAACUGAAAGGAAGUCAGACGAGGAGACUUGUAAAGAGACGAACACAAUCGGACAAGGUGAGUGAAACUAACUGGAAUAUAAGGGAGUAAACCAAAUGCACAGAAAAACAUCCAGAGAGGUUUCUGAUCGUGUGACUGAGCGUGAAAAUUCAAAAAGUAAGUCCAAGAGUGAGAAAUGUUUCCCAGUGACUUUGAAAGGUGACCUUGACAGCAGACAGGAAGUGUGUCAGUGACCCGAACAUGGAGGACACUGACAGGAGAGCAGAUCGGCGAGCUGUAAUGUUCACCUUUAGCACCAUUUGGUAUUUUUAAGAGUUAACUAGUUUGAUGGUUGAUUUCACAGUGAGAAGACUUUAAUGUGGACCUGUUGGAGAUUUACUCCUCAAAUAUGGCGGAAAACACCGUGCAAGUCUGUGCAUAGCUAAAGUUACCGCCUUAAUUCUAUCAAAACAAUUUUUACUCUCGAUAAAUAAAAGGCGUGGCGGUAAUCCUGGACUCUGUUUUCCCAAUAAGGUUGUAUUAUUCAACUAAAAUAUACAUCCUGUCCUCAGUCUGCUCCUCUGUCCAAACUUUAGUCUAAACUGACCUGAAAUCAGUAUUUUGUCCUCAGCAGUGACUAACAUGGAAGGAGGUGGGGCCAAAGCUGCUUUAGUGUCUGCUGAAGACAAGAAAGAAGUCCUCAUGAUGGAGGUAGAGAAAGAAGAGUCUUUCCAAGAGACGAUGGAAACAACAGUGGAAACAACAGUGACCACGGUGACGAAGGUGGUAGAGACGACGAUGGCGGCAAAGGAGGAUUUAAAAAGUGAAAUAAUACCUGAGGAGGUGGAGAAGGAGGAGGAAGAAGAAGAGGUGAAUAAAAAUGAAAGUGAAGCAGAGACGGAGACAGAAGAGGAGGUAAAGACUGAGGAGGAGGAAGAUGAAGCAGAGAUGGAGGGAGGAGAAGACGAGCAGAGUCGAGCUAAGAAGUUGUUUGGAGCCUGGGAAUCUGAGGUGAGACCCUGUUUUAAUACCUGAAAACUAACCACAACCAACCUUAAAUUUAACACUGAGCUCAGUUUAAUCCUAAAACUAUCAGAUUAUCACCAAACAGGAACAUGAUGGAGAAAAGAUAUGCAAACUGGGAGAUGAGAUGAGUGUGUGGUCAAACAGACGAUCAGUUUAUUUCCACAGAAAUAUCAGGCUCUGAUUGGUGCUGUUUGAAGUUUUAUGAGAGAUGUUCUUCUGCUGUCCCUUGGCUUUUCAGGCACAUACACGAACACAUAAACUCUCCUCCUGCUCCUCUCCCUGCUCUCCUCUCUCCUCUCCCUGCUCUCCUCUCCCUGCUCUCCUCUCUCCUCCUGCUCCUCCUUGUUCUUUUAAUUGGAUCACUCUCUCUAUUAAUCAUAUUUCCUGCUUCAGUACUCCACUUCAAACCCUGUUUCCAAACUGUGUGUGAGUCCUGCGUCGAGCUUUGAGGAUUUUCGUCUCCUUUGAAGAAGUCUGCUGAGAGGCAGAUUUGGUUUUUCUGCAGACCCCUCCCCUCCUCCACCCCCCCAAGCUCUGACGGGGACUCUUUGUGUUGACCUUGGCAUGGGGCAUCGCCUGGCACUGCAGGUUUUCAUGCAGGCUCAGAGAGGAUUAGCGGAACUACAAAUGAAAAUGUGCCAUUAUUAGCUUGUGAUAGUGGGAUUUUUAGGACUCAAUCAGGCCUGUUAAGUGAGGCGGGGGAUUAAUGGAGCAUGGAUAAGGAAAGUUUCCUCUGGUUGACUCAGUCUCAGGAUUAUUGGUGGGCUUUAGACGGAUAAUUCAGUUUGCCAAUAUUGUCUUUUUAUUACCAAACAGCCUGAGGAGACAUUGUCGGACCCCCUGCUGUCUUUAACAGAGCUGUUUUAAGGUCUCUUAAGAAACACUGGAUACUUAUUUUAAGGCAUGAGUUAACUCUGUGUUAAUAACUUGAACAACAGCACAGAAAAGCUGACAGUAACCUUGUUAUUUUAGGCCUCCUCUGACUCAAGGCCUCCUCUCCCAGACCCAGCGUUCAACAGGAGGUGCAGUCUGCUCGUCAGUGAGGUAAGUGGAUGUUUUUCCUCAUCAACAAACACAGCUUUCAUUCUCGUCAUCAGUGAGCAUCCUUCGUCGAGCACAGAGGGAAUAUGCUCAGAUGGAGACACACCUUAAGACUCCUGCAGCAGUUUAACGCUCGUAUUUUUCUCAGUGAAAGCGUUGAAUGAGGGUGGAUGCUGUCGGAGGAUGUAGGAGUGUGAGAUAUUGAUUCCCCGCUGUGAGUCAAACCUGGCAGCGCGGCUCUUUGCAGCAGCAGAGUGACUCAUCAGCUCCGGUGGAAGCGAGUCAACCCACUUCAUAAAAGCAGCUGCGAGUCUCCCUCCAGCUGCCGCCGCUCUGCCGCCUCUGUGCGUCCUUCGGUCCGUGUGAAUGCGACUCUGGACCCUGAGGGACAGAGUCCAGGACGCUCAGAGGUGUGUUUGGUGGCUCUCUGCUGUUCAGGGAGGAUCUGAAUGACAGUAGAAGGAUGAAACCUCGUAUUAUGUAGAGAGCAAAGACAGCAAUCAAGCUCAGUCCCACCACCUCCAUCUGAGGAACUCCUGAAGAAGUCCUAACCCUGGUCUGCAGAGUGAACUUCUUCAGGAGGCCCUGCCCUCAGCUGAAUGAAGUGUCCUACCUGAAGUUUGAGGGAUUAAAUUAAAUACAGCAUCAAGCUUUGGCAUUAUCUCCUCUGACUCCCACAGAGACAGGAACUUUAUGUAACCAUGGUUACAAGUCACACAACUUGCGUGUAGUUUACAUAAAUAACUGUUAUGCAGACUCACAAAAUUACGCCACAAAUCUCUGUUUUUUUUUACAAGCAUUGAAUCAUUUUCAGUCUGAUGAGCAGAGAGCUGAUUUUAAUCCUUAGUUUUGUCUGUUAUAGACCAGUCGGCCCGGUCUAUUUCCUGUACAAAAGUGAUGCAGUUUAGCGUUUAAGACCUAUUUUUCUAAACGACUCCUCCUUAAUAUCUGGGUGUAGGGUAUCCUGAUAUCCUCCCACUUGUCUGCAUGUUCUAGAGAUCACCCUCUGCACCUCCUCCUCUAAAUCCUAAUGAGCACUUUGUUAUCAUUUGUCCAGGUCUUUUUAAACAAAAGUAGACUUAGUUCGAGCUCACUAGCAUCACAUAUCUGCUGCUUCCAUCCUGUGCUUUCUGUUGUGUUGGAUUUUCCACAGAUCAGGGCGGACAGCUUGUCAUCUGUGGAUUACUUCUAUUGUUCUCCAGAGACUCCAAACAAAAUCUGUCGGCCUGUUUCCCGACCAUCCGUCCAAUCAGAAUGAGUCCAACUCCAAACUGUGGCACAUAUUCAAAAUAAAGUCCAAACAGAAGAGCGUUUCCUAUCUGUCGCUGUAAUACAAAUUAAUGCAGGAAUAACCUUAGAUUUCUGCACACGCGACUGAUGAUGAAUAACCAGAAAACAUCAUUUCUUCAUCCUCCUUCUGAGAGACAUCACCUGAUAUAACUUCUUCAUAUCCUUGUUUCAGGAUAGUCAACACUUAAGGGUCGAUUUUGUCAUCAUACAUCAUGCGUCAUAUUCUGUAAAAUCCACUCGCUUUGUGAGGACGGCAGCUUUCCAGGGAUAAACUCUGUUUGCUUCUUCAAGAGCUUUUCUACCCCACAGAGAGGAUCAGUGUGUUUUCAGAGUCCCUUAAAAAACAAAUUUCUCUUUAAUUAUUUGUGUGAUUUUUGUUAUUUUAGUCAUUUGCUGGCUGUGCUAGAUGGAGGCUGCUAUCCUUGUUGUGGUUUGUCAACCAAUCAGAGGCUGUUUCUGCUGUCAUCUGACCUGUAAAUGCCAAUACAAUCUGCUCUUAGUAUAGAAAAGAUAAGAAUAGAUUAAUCCUGUUUGUCUUCUUUAGUUUCAGUAGAUUUGAGCUUCUUCAGGGAACCAUUCCUGGGAUGCUUCACUUACAGACAUGAUUAUUUUUUACAUUUAAUUUCAUGUGAAGAUAUUUAAAACACUUUCAUUUAAAGCUCUUGUGCGGAACUUUCAGUUUGUAUAAAUUUGGAUGACUUGGGAUGAGAAUAUGUGGAUGUAGAUGGGGGUUAUGAUGAUGAAUGGUUGGAAAAAGAAAGACACGACCAGGAUGAAUGGAUGGAUGGAGGGAUUUCUGGAUGAUUUUGCAGCUAAACCCUAAAUGGAAGCAUGAAAGAGAGAACAAAGCAGCAGGUUUUCAAAAGUUAUUCAUUUAUGCCAACAUCGGCUCCUUUGUGCAUCAAACUUUGAGAAAGUGCUAACACUGCGAUCCUCCUGGGGAUGAAGAUGGAGCGCGGCAGAAGUUCAGCUUGCAUGCAGUUACAACACACACAUGUAUUGAAGCUCACACACCCUCCUGUCUCCUCCCUGCAGGUGAAGUAUAAGGAGGACUUUGAGAAGAUGAGAGGUCAGAGUAUGUUCGUGCCGGGAGCCGAACUCAUCCACUCCAAGAACAUCAGCGCUGUGAUUUCAGAGGUAUAUUAUCGAACAUCUCUUUAAAGACGUGAAGACUCAUUCGGCCUCAUAAAGAUAGAAAAGUUAUCUUCACAGAUACAUUUUCUCUGCUUUGAGGAUUCUGACUGUUUUUGUUGAAAUGUGAAACUGUUUCAGUCCAAAUACAAAGAAGAGGGAAAGAAGGAGGCGUCCAUGUCUCUGUACUCCAUCCUCCCUGAAACUCCUGAAACUCAGCGUGCCAGAGAGGCUACAGCGCUGCUCAGUGAGGUACAAUACUCAGCAUUUACAUCUUCUGCAGACCUCACUGAUGAGUUUUAAAGCACUUGUGCAGGAAAAAUGUCUCAAACUAUAGCACUAAGACCGGGUGGUUUAAGCUGCUGUAAAUCCAGCUGGUUUUUCAGUGAUAAAUGUGAUAAUAAAACGUGAUUUCAGCUCUGACAGUGUUCACUUUUUCUUCUUUGAUUUUCAGGCUAAAUAUAAAGGAAACCUGAAGACAGAGAUCUCCUCCUCUCUUUACUCUCUGCUGCCAGAAACAACAGAGACCCAGUUUGUGAAAGAGCUGACUGAGAUGCUGAGCGAGGUGAGGACAGGACGGAUGGACGGAUGGAUGGAUGGAUGGAUCAAUCAAUGGGUGGAAAUGUUUUGAUGAUGGAGGGAUGUAUGGUGGUUAAUGGAUAAAUAAAUAAUAGAUUAAUGGAUGAAUAAGCGUAAAUAUGAUUGAACUGAAGCAUUGAUGGAUAAAUUGACGAGUGGAAGAAGAAUGAAUUAAAGUAAAACUAGAGGGACGAGUGAUUGAUGAAACGGCAGAUGAUUUAGUUAAAAACUGAAUUAAUUGAGGGAUAAAUGGAUGAAUGGAUAAGUUAUUGGUCCAGAAAUGGACAGAUAGAGGAAAAGACGGAUGGAUGGAUGGAUGGAUGGAUGGAUGGAUGGAUGGAUGCAUUAGUAAUGGAUGAAUCUGAAAAUCAGUUGUGUGGAUUUGUGAAAAGAUUUAUUGAUAAGUAGUUUUAGUGAUACAGAGUUAUGAUAGUAAAUGUCUGGGUGAAUCAUUAGAAGGUUGGAGAAGAAUAAACAUCCUGAUAAUUAAAAGGCCGGACGAUGAAGUGAUGGAUAAACAUAAAGAUGAACAGAUGAGUGAUUAAAGAGAAUGACUGUGAAUCUAAAAGUUGUUUUCCUCUCUGCUCCUCAGAACAAGUACAAGGAGGAAGGAAAGAAGGAGAUGAGCAGCAGUUUGUACUCCCAGCUUCCUGAAACCGCAGAGAUGCAGCUGGCCAAGACCGUCCACGAGUUCCAGAGCGAGGUACUCCAACACGGUAUUCAUCCUGAGUUAAACAGCAGCUGUGUUUCAACGUAUUUCAUCAGUUAUUCUCCGUCUGGGCAUCAACGCACAGGCCUUAUUUAAUGCAGCAGCAGCUGCAGGCUUGAUGAGGCUGUGAGGUCUCCCACUGCAAAUGAAUUAAACACAAAAAGCAAACACGAAAAUCUCAAUCGAACUUCAGCAACCAGGAGAAGUUGAAGUCACUCAAGAGCCACCGAUGUUUGUGUCCCAACAGUGCAUUUACCCAACGUCAUGAAAAGUCUCAUCCAGGAACCAAAAGUCUGAUUUAUUUUUGUCUCUUCACCAGAAAAAGUACAAAGAAGACGGGAAGAGAAAAGCCUCCAUCUCUCUCUAUUCCCAACUCCCUGAAACUCCAGAAAUACAGCACGCUCUGGAGGUUUCACAGCUGCAGAGUGAGGUAACAGGACCAUAACAGAGUGGGAACAUGAAUAAUAGCAGAGUUUACGAGGAUCCUGUUUUCAGAGGUUAUUCCAGUUUUUUAGGUUUUAAUUCAUAAAGACCAGAGAGAGUUUUGGAGUCACUCCUGCAGGUCAGAAAACAGCAGCUUGUAAUGGAUUUAUUCAGACACUGAUUGGCUCCUUUUGUCGAUCAAAGAGUCUGUGAAAGACAUUUAUGAAACAAGAAACAGAUGUUGACAAAAUCUGUGACUGUGCAGAACAUGGGGGUUGCUGUUCUACCUCUGCCUCUCAAGACCCUUUUGGGGGGCGGUGUAGGACUGGAGGCAAACAUGUGUCACCACCACAGGAGAGGAGGGAACAUGAGAGUCUUAAAUGUGUGACAAACUCAGUGUACCAUCCACCUGUCCUACAAAAGAAAGCAUGCUGAUGAUGGAGCAGUUUCAUUCAUGUUUCCUCUAUAAUUCUUCUUUCUUCCUCACUCUCCUGUUUUUACUCUCUCAGGUGAACUAUCGUCCCAAACUGCUGGUCAAAGGUGCUCCCUCCUCUCUGUACUCUCAGCUGCCUGACACCACGGAGAUCCAGUUUGCCAGAGAGAUGACGGAGAUGCACAGUGAGGUACAGGAGGACACUGUUUUGAGUCUGUGUAUCAAUGUUGACUCAUAAAUGAAGAUUAUUCCCUCUGAUUUACCUGGAAAGAUGAUUUUAUUGGGUCAAAAACGGCCUGAAAUGUUUGUUUUUAUUGAACUUGAAGUUUUACUUUGUACAGAUAAGCUUAUGCCAAUAUUCCCUCUAAAAGUUAAACUUUUCCAGAAGUCAGUUCUUGAAGUUUGGAAAUGAAUUUUACUGAAACUCUGGAAUAAAAACCCCGAGUGUUUUCACUCCAGCUGAGAGAGGAGCUCUCUGUAAAACAGCUGACAGAUCGUUUUGUCCUCUCUCAGAGUAAAUAUAAAGAGGGCGGCAGGAAGAGCCUCUCUCAGAGUUUCUACUCUCAGCUCCCAGAGACCGCAGAGAUCCAGUUCGCUAAAGGAGUAGCCGAGCUGCAGAGCCAGGUGAGACUUACCUACAGAGACCAGACCCUCUUAUGGAGUUUAAAUCUGCCUCGUCUUUGUUUAUGUGCGUGUUUUACGAGCCUACUGUACUUUAAUGCGUUUUAUUUAUAGAUGCGGUACAGGGAAGCCGGCAAGAAGGGCGUGAACUCCAAUUUGUACUCUCUACUGCCGGAGACUUUGGAGACGGCUCACGCCAAGGAGGUGUCAGAGCUGCUCAGUGAGGUACAACAAGUCAGAGACAGUGAUGAGGAAAGAAACAUGAUCAAACAGGAGAUAGGAUUUUAGGGUUCAAAAGAUUCAAUUCAGUUAGAGAAUUCAAGUUUCUUUUCGGACCAAACAAAGACUUAUUAAACUCAACUUUGGUACAAAACACCUAAUGAACUUUUGUGGGAAUCUCUCCUGCCUGUGGUGUCAUUUUUUAUAUUUUCGGUGGUGUUGAAUCUUCCCGAGAUCAUAAAUGAUAAAGUGUUUUAUGUUAUGAUGUGUUGCUGUAGGUGAAGUAUAAAGAAGAGGGGAAGAAGGAGAUGAACAUCAACCUGUACUCUGUGAUGCCUGAGACCAUCCACACCCAGCACGCUAAAGAGGUGUCACACCUGCAGAGUGAGGUACUUUAACUUUGUUCAUGUGUUAAACGGUUCAUGAGAGAUUUCUUCAUUUUCCUGUCACUGUCAGUAUUGAUUUCAGAUGCAUUGAUCCACUCCUGUCUCCUGCAGGUCAAGUAUAAAGAAGGCCUGAAGCAGAGGAUGCAGAGCAGCUUGUACCAUCAGCUCCCAGAGACCACAGAGACACAGCUGGCCAAACAGCUGUCUGAGCUGCAGAGCGAGGUACGUGACAUCGAAGGAUGCUACUGCUUUUAAUGAUCCGGUUUAGGAUUGGGUUUAAACCCGGGCUUCUAGUUGACACAUUUAGGGCUUUGGUGACAGGCUAUGAAAACAUCAGCAGCAGUGAAGCAGGCUGUAAUGGUCUAAAGGGUUUAUUACUGUGUGUCUGUAGAGUCAGGAACAUUACUCCAAGUCCCUGCAGAGACAGACGGGCCUUUUUUUUAAGUUUACAUCUUUUUAUUUCCCCUGAAUGUUGACUGUAAAGCUCUUAUGCUUCUUUAGCUUGAUCCUUUGAGUGAUAUCAGCCUAACUGUCUUACCCGCCGUCCUGCAACAUAUCAAAUAAAAUCAAAACAGAGUUAAAAAGCUGAGAAACAAAAGCAGCAGCAGUCAAGAGCCUCCUGAGUCGUCUUUGGUUUAAUCAGCUGGUUUUUUUUUAAUGACUGCCUUCGAAUAAAAAAAUCAUCUUCGAGCCCCUCAGAUUAAAAAAAAGACAGAUGCAGUUCUUAAAUAUUGUUCACAGCUGAGUUUAAGCUUCAUCACUAUCAGACCUGCAGGAGAGCAGCAGUGAGGUCGGAAGGAUGACACCGACGAAGAAGAGCGCCUUCAAGAAGAGUUGAUUUUAAAAUGAGCUUUUUUUGCUUUUUAAUGUUCAAACUGAUUUCUCGGUAUUCAGAGCAGGAUGAAAUUAGAGCAACAAGAUGAAAACAUCCGGCUGUCCUCACAUCUAUGAUUCUGGCGUGUGGACAAACAGAGCUUUCAGGCGGUCAUGCACAUGUGUGACAGAGAAAAUCCAGUUUUCACAGUCAGAGCAGCAGGAAUACAGCAUGUGGUAACAUAUGAGACUUUAACUACAGCACUUCUAUCCUCACAUGAGGAGGUGGAGCUAAAUAUGCAGCUCUAUUAUGAGAUUUAAAAACCCUGUACUCACGCAGCAGUUCGAACUACUUCAACUCUUCCCACUCGUCCCACGCUUUCAUGGAAAAUCACUCCACUGCAACCCAAAAUAACGGAUCUGUAAAGGCAGAGGAGGAUCUUUAGAGUUACUUAACCUGAUAGGUGCAAUCUAAUUGACUUUAUUAAUGUUAUCUGACUGGAAAAUACUACGACACUCUCAUCUUAUUCACAGCAAUAGGAUGAUUCUUGUGUAGCUGAUUUUUGAGUCAUGUCAGGGUUUUAAAAAGGAUUAAACACACAGAUCAAAGUUGAUUUAUCUGAUCUAAAUCACUCUUCAAAGCCACCAAACUUCAUUGGCAAAAAUGGUCAUUUUACCUCAGAGGACAUAGAAGUUGCUGGUCUACUUCUUCCUUUCGCUGCGACUUUUUUGACUUUAUUUGUUUUGUUUUGAAUAAGAAAUAACUCUUUUUAAAUUUGCAAAGUGACACAAGCGAAGAGGCUGAGAGGAAGGCGGGGAGAGGCAGACCAAAGAUGGUCAUAAACAGGCAUUAGGACCAAGUUCAGUCCGUUUCUAAAGCAGUUCAAAACUCCUCACACUCGUGCCUUUAGCGAUUAUUUUAGGGGCGUGGCUGACAUGAUUGACAGGCAGACACAUUGUAACUCUGAAGUGACUACAUCUGUUUUUGUAAACUAUGUAGAAUUGAGUGUUUUAUUAUAAAUGCAGCUGAGAGAGAGGGAGUAAAGUUGCUUUUUUUGUAUCUGCAGACAAAAUACAAAGAAGCAGGAAAGAAGGGCGUGAACUCCAAUUUGUACUCUCUGCUGCCUGAAACUCUGGAGACGCAGCACGCCAAAGAGGCCGGAGAUCUGCUCAGUGAGGUGAGGAGCUGCUCCAGCUUCUUUAAUUCUGAUCGUUUUAAGAUACCGCUGAUAGAAAAGUAAAUAAAUUGAAACUCGUUCUCAUUUUUUCAGAGAAAGUAUAAAGAAGACGGUAAGACAGAGAUGACCAGCUCGCUGUACGCCACUCUGCCAAACACCACAGAAACCAGCUUUGCCCGAGAGAUGACGGACAUGAUCAGUGAGGUACUUUCAGAACAACUAAAAUCACAACUGGAGUAAUGGAAACAGAACAGAACCACAGGACUGUGUUAAACCUGCAGAAGCAGAAUUGUUUGAUCCUUGGCUGUGAUUGGUCGGCACAGGUGUGAUUAUCAUCAUAAAGGAUCAGAGAGGUUAUCUGUGUGGCUGCUUUGAUAUGCAUUUCCCUCUUGUUGUACUGAGCCGGUCCAGAUUAAUGAGACCUGGCUCACUGCUGCUCUUGAUCUGUGAGAGCAAACAACAAAGAAGAGCGCACAGUUAAAAUACACAAACACAAAAAGACGAGGAAUUAAAUCAUAGCUACGAAAUCAGAAAGCAAAGAGAAGCUAAAACCGACCCCGAACACGUGUUUUCUCUCCAAGACCAGCCAAGUUUGAUGAAAUCUGUUCUCUCUGAGGAGGAGGAGACAACGUGUGAUUUAUCCUGAAAAUAUGAGAAGAAAAAAAAACUGUCCAGAGGAAUAACCCAGAGUCUUUGAUUUUUCUCAUUUCACAGAAAAAGUACAAAGAGGGCUGCAUGAAGAGUCUUUCACAGAGCGUCUACUCCCAGCUACCAGAGACCUCUGAGACCCAGUUCGCUAAAACUGUGUCUGAGCUUCAGAGCGAGGUGAGGAAAGGUUGACCAAUCCAGAAGACGCUGUGUCUUCUUAUGCAUGAAGGUACAAUACAUGAUAAACUUUACCUUAAGAGGGCGUUAUCAUCACUGCUUAUUACACUUCGUCAACAUUGUUAUCAGCUGUUAUGAAUGCAGAUGAAGCCCUGCAGAAACUCCAGCGAUGUGUUUCGUCUUUUUUGCACAUGAAACAGUUUUCUAUGAUGAACAUCAGUGACAUCUUCAGGGAGAUCCAGGAGGAAAAGGGUUAAGUCCAGUUUGAUUUCAGUUCUGGACAUCCUCUGUAGUUAAUAAAGGACAUCUUUACAAUAACAGCAGCAAAGAUGGUGUGUUCUGAUGUUAGAAUGAGUUUUAGAUUCAGGGUUAAAGAGGAGAAUUUAGAGUAAAACUGUUCAGUUUUAUCAAAACACAGACCUGCAGAGUUUAUGUACGGUUGGACAUUUUAACAUGAGGCUCUAUGAGGACUGACUCACUUUUGGAGACUGCCUCUAGUGGCCGUUUUGAAGUACUGCACUUCAUAAAGCAUUCACUGGAAGUUUUUCUUGGUUUUUCUUUUUUUAAAUUCGCCUUUUAUUUCAUUUUUUAUAUUUUUCUUCUAUCUUUAUUUUUUAAAAUCUGUUUUAAAAGUUAAUUGGUGCAAAAAACUCUGACAGGAGGUUUCCUAAAAGCUGCUAAAUUAUCGAUUUCCCUUUUUUAUACGCUGCUCUUUCAAUGACUUUGUCACGUGACUUUUCUUUUCUCAGGGGCACUUUUUCACUAGAUUUUGUUCCUUAAGGUUCACAUUAAAAGUUUCUCUUCUCACUGAAUUGAUUUUAGAUGAAGUACAAGCAGGGGAAGAAAGACGUGUCCAGCUCUCUGUACUCCACUCUGCCUGAGACCCUGGAGACGCUGCACGCCAAAGAGGCCUCUGAGCUGCAGAGUCAGGUGAAAACACGUCAAAUACAAACACUGUAGUGAUCAGAAACUCCUCCCUGCAGUCUCUGGAGGUGAGUAUUUACCUGUGCUAUCUGUGCUCCUGACUGUGUUCAGCUGAGGUACAAAGAGGCCAUGAAGAAAGGGGGUUCCUCCAGUCUGUUCCACCUGCUGCCUGAGACUAUAGAGACCGCCCACGCUAAAGAAGUCUCCGAGCUUCUCAGCGAGGUAAUGCCAUGGGGAGACAAAUCUGUACACUCGCGGGAAACCCAGCUUUACAAAGAAAUCACAGCACAGCUUUGGUUUUUGUAGGUGAAGUAUAAAGAGGAGGGGAAGAAGGAGAUGAACGUCAACCUGUUCUCUGUGAUGCCUGAAACCAUCGACACCCAGCACGCCAAGGAGGUGUCGCACCUGCAGAGUCAGGUACCCGAAUGUUACGUCUGGUGAAAGCUCUUAAAUGAAGAAGAAAAACUGGAACACCUUUUUAAAACGUACGAUAAAAAAGGCCUGAUUGUUAAAUUUGCUCUGUAACAAAUGGAGUCGAUGGAUCUGAGCUGAACAUUUCUGCCUUAAAUUAGACUCGUCUGCUCUCCAGUGAGCAUGGUUUCCAUCCAAGUUUCACUGAAUCUGCUUUAAAGGAAACGCAGAUUCAGAUAUUUUUAUACUGGCGACGAUGUCCUGCAGGAGUAAGGGCCAACGCCGCAAACUGUUCCAGCAUGAGCUGACGCCACAUGACUUAAAUAUGCAGCAUAAUAAAGCCAAAUAAAGGCUCGCUCUUAGACUUUAUCACAGCAAAAAUAGUGUAUGUGCAGUUUUCAAAGGCUCCCAUAAACACAGCAUGUGGUUCUCCUCCGUCUCCUGCAGGUGAAGUAUAAAGAAGGCCUGAAGCAGAAGACUCAGAGCAGUUUGUACCAUCAGCUCCCAGAGACCACAGAGACACAGCUGGCCAAACAGCUGUCUGAGCUGCAGAGCGAGGUACACAAGCAGAUUUUAAUAAGUCCUAAAAAUCUCAAUAAGAGAUGUGAGAAAGGAUCGGUAAGACAGAAAGGUCUGAAUUUAGAGAGAAAACUCAGUAUGUUCUUAUUUCAGACCAAGUACAAGGAAGCAGGUAAGAAGGAGGCGAAUAAAAAUCUGUACUCCCUGAUGCCUCACACCAUGGAGACUCAGCACGCCAAAGAAGCUGCAGAGCUGCUCAGUGAGGUAAACACGCUGCUCUGUCUUUGUUGUCUGAUUCAGGAGAGCUUUUGAAGUCCUUUCUAUGUUAACAGGGUCUCUAAACUGUGCUACUCUGGUGCUGACUUUUCACAGAUCAAAUACAAAGAAGGAGGAAAGAAGGAGAUGUCCAGCUCCUUCUACUCCACCCUCCCCGACACGUCCGAGACCAGCUUCGCCAGAGAGAUGACCAACAUGAUGAGUGAGGUAAACUCAGGAUUGGAGAUGGUGGUGGAGUUCUUGUAGGGAGUAUCCGUGUCCAUCUGCACUCAAAGAUGACCUGGUCAGAAUUUGGUGAUCAGAAGUUACUCAUGAAUCUGUUCACUUUUCAUAGCAUGAUAACAGAAGAGUCAAAUGAUAACCCGACUUUGCUUUUAGAUCAACUUUUUAAAAAGUUUUAACUUCCAAACAAACAAUACAAAUAAUGAAAUUGUGAAAAAAUACACAUUAAAAAAGGUGUGUCUGCAGCCGCUCUCUCAUGGUUCGAUACCUCCCCCACCAGUUUUCUCAGACAUUAAAAAUAACUAAAAGUCAGUCAAACGUUUUACCUGUUUGUGGUGUUUAACCUGAGCUGACUCUGCUGAUGAAGAAACAAAUUAACACCAGCGUAGGGAAUAAUAAUCGUUCUUCUCCCUCAGUCAUUUUAAAGGAAAUUUAAUAAACUCACAGAUGCAGCAGGACUCCAGGAUGUUCUUCUGCUGUUUUCCUCCUAAAAUAACCCGCGUGCAGAGAGAGCUGCAGUAAGAAAGCUUUGUGAUUAGUUAUAAAUAAUCAGUGUGCCAUUAUCCAAAGAUCUCUGAUGUUUUUAUGUCUUAGACUCUCAUCUGAGGACACAUUAGCAUCAGAACCAGGAUCAGAAGGAUAAUAAAGUCUGUUUGUAAUGUGUAUCAGAGGGGAGGCAUUAAAAAUACCUCAUCUGUGCUCAGAUCAGAACGGACUUUUCAGAGGGUGUCAGGAAAGCAGAUCCUUCAGGGCAUCUCAUGGAGUCCACAAAUCCUGCUCAGUGUUUGGAUCAGUGCCUGCAGGAGAAAAAAAAAGAGUAUAUUUUUUCAUUUCAUGCGUCUGCCUCGUCUCUUCUUUUCUAUCUUUUCUAGAACAAGUACAAGGAGGUCGGGAAGAGGAGCCUCUCUCAGAGUUUUUACUCUCAGCUGCCGGAAACAAGCGAGACUCAGUUUGUUAAAGCCGUGUCUGAGCUGCAGAGCGAGGUCAGGAGCUCCUUUAUAAGCUCAUCAUGUUUCUGCCCUCAGAAUAUACUUCACUCACGAAAAGAUGCUGACCCUGUCUGUAAACGCAUAUGUGUGUUCUAGGGCUGUCAGAGGAUGAUAGCGGUCCUUUUGACAAAAUGAAAUAUUGAUAUGAUGAGUUUGAAGUAGUCCUGUUCGCUUUAUGUCAUGAAUGGAGGAGAGGUGAAGAAGCAGCAGCAGCUGUGGGCGAGCUAGCUGUAGCGAAAGCUUGUUAAACUUGUAAUUUUUCUCUCUUGUUUAGCGACUUUCUCUCUCCCUCCCUUUUCUCAUUACACAUCAUUUCAAAGCAAACUUUCAUGGGAAGUACCCAAAACUAUCAAAUCAAAGUGAAAUAAAUGAUAACUUUGGAGUUAUUUAUGUCCUUGUUAGGAUAUGUUACAGCCUCGAUAUCCUGAGGCCGUAAUUCUGACAUCCUGACAGCCCUGGUACAUUCAUAUGAACUUGAUUUAAGAGCAUCCUUUGUUAUGAGAGGAGUGAUACAGGAGGUUUAUCUGCCCUGAUCGAUAACUUCCAUUUAAUAAUUUUAAACUAAUACUUUUUUAAAAAGGAGGAUCCACAUUCAAACUUCAGCUCUUUUUCUUUUUUAGAUGAAGUACAAAGAAGCAGGAAAGAAAAGUACGUCGAGCUCUCUGUACUCAACUCUGCCUGAGACUCUGGAAACACAGCACGCUAAAGAGGCUUCUCAUCUGCAGAGUCAGGUAAACACACACACACACUUUGAUAAACACACACUUUGACACACAAACAUAAAACUGUUUUCCUGCACAUCCUUUAUAAAAAUCAGAUUAAUAAAAUUUAAGGCCUAAAAUGUCCUAAAAAGUCUUUUUUCGACUUUUGAGAGGUCUUAAAUUUUAGAGAUAUGAGACAUAUUUAACCAUAUCUACACUCUGGAAUGAAAACCACAUGACUUUAUUGUAACCUUAUUCUGUGUUUGCUCUGAAACAUGAUUUCUUGUUUUGGUGAAAGUAGAGUAGGAUGAAUCUCAGUUAAGUAAACCAAUUCUGAAUAAAAACUAUCUUUCUUGUUUUUUUGUGUUAAAAUGUUAUUUUUUUUCUUUGUAUUUGUUUCUGGUUUGAAUCACUGGGAAUGUUUGUACUGUAACUGGCAUGUAUAAAGAGCUUUAAAACGUUGGAUAUAUACUCUAAGAAGAAACAAUCAGCGUGUAAAUCACUGUUAUUCUGCUGCUCAUUUGUUUAAAUCUGGUUUAAAAACGUGUCUCCGAGCUCUCUGUUCAUAUGUUUCUUUACUUUUCUCAGUCAUUCAUGUGUUUCAUGUUGCUCCUGUUUCCCUCAUGGCACUCAUAGUGUAAAAGCAGCUCCCUGUUUGUUCAGGACACAUUAAAUCUGACUGAAAAGGUGAUUGUGCUGUUGUUUGUGAUUUUGUGUCUCAGCUGAAGUACAAACAGAGUCUGAAGAACGACUCGUCCAGUCUGUUCCACCUGAUGCCCGAAACCAUCGACACUCAGUUUGCGAGGCAGCAGACGGAGAUGCACAGCGAGGUGAGACACACACACACACACACACACACACACACACACACACACACACACACACAUACACAGAUAGAUAAAUGUUCAGAAGUCUUUUUAAUCUGACUUUAUUUGCUUGUUUAAAAGAAUUACGAGAAAAAAGAGAAAAAGCUCAACAAGAAAGUCAAAGAAAGUUUUAAAAUUUAAUUAUUUUUUUUAAUUUUUAAAAGUUGAAAUAGAAUCAGAAUUCUGACCUUUUAACAGGAGAAAUUGACAUAAGUGAAUAAGUGAUUCUCCAUAGAUGUUUUAGUGAUCCUGACAGGUUGUCCGCAGGGUCUUAAAAAGUCUUGAAACAUCUAAAAUCCAAUAAUUUAAAUUUAAGGCCUUAAAAUGUCUAAAAUGCUCUUAAAAUCUCAUAAAUAUCUUAAAUAUGAUUUGAAAGGUCUUAAAAAUGUAUUAACUUUACUUAAUAAAUAAUGUGCCAUUGGAAUAAAAAUUAAUUUGAAUUAAUGUAAAAUGUUCUGAUUUUCUUUCAUGUCUUUUGUACUUUUUUGCCAGUAUAAAUGGCAAAUGGGUCUUAAAUUUCAUUCAUAAUGGUCUUUAAAAAGUCUUUAAAAAGUCUUAAACUUGACUUGAAACCUGCAGAGGCCCAGAGCUGAUGUUUGUUCUGAGGGUUUUCUGUGUCUGUUUGGAGAAAAGGGGGAGUGGCUUACAGUAAAGAAGCCGCAGAUUCUGAGAUGAAGGUCAGAAAUGUGAGUUUUAGAGAUCAUAAAAAAAGAAACUCCUGAUAAAUAAAAAUGAAAGAACUGGAAUCGGUUAUUGUUAAAGAAAAAAAAUCUAAUUUUCUCUGUGUGAUCCAUGUCGAGCUUUUAUAGCCCAGCAGCUUUAUUCUCCUUCUUGUGUCUUUUCCUUUUUAUUCUGGAUCAAAGGUGAAGUACAAAGAAGAAGGUAAGCAGGAGAUGAGCAUCAACCUGUACUCUCUGCUCCCCAACACACUCGACACUCAGCACGCUAAAGAGGCGACGGACCUGCACAGUGAGGUGGGUUCAGUCUCCUGUCCUCAAACAGGAGCUCCUCCGCACUUCACAUGAGAUUCAGCUCACUAACUCUGCUCCUGUAUGUCAGGCUAAAUAUAAAGAGGCCGGUAAGAAGCAGACCUCAUCAUCUCUCUAUCAUCGUCUACCUGAGACCCUGGAGACGCAGCACGCUAAAGAGGCUUCACAGCUGCAGAGUCAGGUAAACACAACCACUGUGAAGCUUUAGUAACCGACAACACAGCGUUUGAAGGUUUCAUCCUUUCCUCUCGAUAAACUUCAGAUCAUGUUUGUCUCUGUGUCCCGCAGGUUUUGUAUAAAGAAGCCGUAAAGAAGGAUUUAUCCUGUCCGGUUUACCACCAGCUGCCCGACACUCUGGAGACGCAGCUCGCCCGAGAGCUCACCGACAUGCAGAGCCAAGUAAGAGAUUAAACAAACACAUGAAGCCAACAGACACAAUAACUAAGAGGUUAACUCCAAAUUCAUCAUCAUUGUCCGUUUUUUCUGUCUCUGACUGUAGAAUAAGUACAAGGAGGACGGGAAGAGAAACCUCUCUCAGAGUUUUUACUCUCAGCUGCCAGAAACCCUGGAGACUCAGUUUGCUAAGAGUGUUUCUGAGCUGCAGAGCGAGGUGAGAAACCAGCACACUCACAGACUCAGUGCAUGAUAAAAAAGGCAGCUCAGGAUCAGGUAAAGCUCAGUCAGGUUACCUUGAUUAACUUACAAUGCUUGUCUGUCUCUAAAGCUUGAGCUGCAGAAAUCUGUCUGUUAACCUUGAAGAUCACUGAAGGUGUCCCACAGGGCUCUAUUCUGGGACCCAUUCUAAUCUCUAUUUCUGUAAAUGACUCGAGUAAGGACAUAAGAGCACAUUUCUCUAUGCAGAUGACACCGUUAUUUAUACCCACUCUCCUAAAAGAGAUUUUAAAUCUCAGUGGGACGUCCUGGUUAGAUUAAAAAGCAUAAAUAAAUAAAACGAUGCUCAAUAGAUGGAAAAUAAAUAUCCAAACAUGGCUGGACUGUUCAGAGCUGAUCAUUUUGGAUCUCUCAGGAAACUCAAACUAAUGAAAUGACGUCAGAAUAUCUUCAAAUGUUUUUCUUUAUCAGACGAAGUAUAAGAAGUCUGGGAGGCAGGAGGCCGGCAGCUCUCUGUACUCUGUGCUCGCUGAAACUCUGGACACUCAACACGCCAAGCAGGCUGCCCAGAUACAGAGCCAGGUACGACUACAUGCUGACUACCUGUUUAAUCUUCACUGCUGCUUUGUUCAGCCUCACUGUAAAGACAGAUUGGAGACUAACUCGUAUGUCCUGGCAGGUGAAGUACAAAGAGGGCGCUCAGAAGGAGCAGUCGUCCACCCUGUUCUCCAACCUUCCUCAGACUCUACAGACAGAGUUAGCCAAAGAGGUGACGGAGCUCCAGAGCCAGGUGACACAAACCUUACCCCAAAGACUUUUUAUUUAAUAUGUGUUACAUUAAAUAUAAUACCAACAACACCAUGAUUACGUUUGUGUUUGUUUGGUGAUUCAGCUGAAGUAUAAGGAGGGCUGUAAGAAGGACGCCUCCUCCUCGCUCUACCACCUCCUCCCUGAGACGGCAGAGAUGCAUUUCGCCAAACACAUGUCAGAGAUCCAGAGCGAGGUGCGCCCCGGCUCUGUCCUACUUUCACACUUCUUCUUAUUCCCUGCUUCAUUUUAAUGUUUCUCUACUUUAACCUUUGGUUUGGUUUCUCUUCUCCUGAAGGUGGAGUACAAGAAGGACAGAGAGGACCUGCCCAACACUUUAUACUCUCUGAUGCCUGAAACUCUGGAGACGCAGUUUGUUAAAGAGAUGGCUGAAACUCACAGUGAGGUGGGAACUCUCAACACUCUGAAAAUAACAUUUUUAUUCUCUAAUAAUCUGUGUCGUCUGUGUAAGUGGAGAGACCGACAGUUCAGAGAUAAGAGGGUCUGGAUUCAACUCUGCUGCAGACUGUCUGUCUUGACUCCUUUUCUGUUUUCUUUCUUCCCUUUUUAUUUUUAUUUUUUGUUCAUUUGUUUGUCUUUUUAUUUUUCUGUGUAUAUUUUUUAUUUACAUACUUGUGGCUUUUUAAGGUCACCAAAAAAAUUUGAGCCUUAAAUCUCAAAAUUUUAUUGGUCAGUAGCUGAUAAGUCACCAAAUGGUUGCCAUGUCAACCACCAAUGAAACUAAGGGCUGAUAACGGAAGUCAAAAAGAGAUAACUGUUGAAACUUGAGAGAGUGGGAGUGGUCAUUCACUCUCGUGUGUGUGUGUGUGUGUGUGUGUGUGUGUGUGUGUGUGUGUGUGUGUGUGUGUGUGUGUGUGUGUGUGUGUGUGUGUGUGUGUGUGUGUGUUAGGUGAAGUACAAGCAGGCAGGGAAGCAGCAGACGGCGUCGUCUCUUUACUCCAAACUGCCUGAAACUCUGGAGACCAAACACGCCAAAGAAGCGAGCGAGCUGCAGAGCGAGGUGAGUCUUUAUCUUCUUCUGUUUGUUUUUAUUAUUAAGUUCAAUAAUAAAAAAGUGUUUCAGUGAUUUAAAAAGAGCAAAUGAACCAACUGAUUUAUUAGUUGGUUCAUUAGGCGUCUCCACAAAAGCGGAAAGAAAACUGUCAAAUUUGUGCAGACUGGCCCUUUAAACCCUGAGCUGCUUGUGACAGACAUGCUCUAGAAAAACUGAAGAUGUUUUCCUGUUUUCUUUUUGAUUCCUCGUGUUUGGACAGAAAAAAUACAAAGAUGAAGGGAGGAAGGAGAUGACCACGUCUCUGUACUCUCAGCUCCCUGAAACCUCAGAGACGCAGUUUGCCCGAGAGCUGACGGAGAUCCUGAGUGAGGUACAGCUCACCGUUUUGUACUUACUUAUUUUGUACUUUUUCUCUUUAUUUUUGAGAAAAGGAGAACUUAAACCACACAGAUUUAUCUAUUUUAUGAUUUUUUAUUUUUAUGGUGCUCUCUUUACUCUCCAGUUCACAAGCUGCCUCAAAAAAAUCGAAGGAAAAACUCUAGAAUAAGUCUGUGAACUUCUCUGAACAGGGGACUGAUCUUGCUCCUCAUUUCUGUAGAUUUAUUGUCUCCAAACACAAACCUGGAGCCUAUAAUCCCAGCGCGUUAAACUAAAUAAUCCAGGACCAGAAGCCGCAGCGUGGUGUUCCUCUGAUCCUCUGUCUCCUUGUUUUCAGAGUAAAUAUAAGGAGGACGGGAGGAAGAGCCAGACAGUCAGCGUUUACUCCCAGCUCCGAGAAACCAACGACAUCCAGUUUGCCAAAGCUCUCUCUGAAAUACAAAGUCAGGUACAGAAAUGUUUUGAAUGUCUUUAAAGCAGGGUUUAUCUUAUGAAUCUUGGCCUAUAUGGAUUAUACUCUGAAGUUUAAAUAGAUCACAUGUGUUAAAGGUUUUGGAUCUGCAGAUUUCUACCAAACUCCAUUGACAAAAAGACUAAUUUAACCUCUCAGAGUUCUGGAGUUCUUCUGCUGCAGCCUCGGCCUGUAAGAUUUUCAGGAGUGCAUGUCGAAAACAGCUAAAGAGCAUUCAGCGGCUGUUUGACUGUUAUAAUCAUGUAAAAAUGCUCUGUUUGCACAUUACUGUGUUUUUCUAACAAUCCAGACUAAAUAUAAAGAAGCGGGAAAGAAAGACGCUUCCAGCUGCCUGUACUCGAAGCUGCCGGAGACUCUGGAUACUCUGCACGCUAAAGAGGUUUCACAGCUGCAGAGUCAGGUGAGCACAGUGUGAUGAGUUCAGGUGCAGGGGCUCUUAUGCAUAUAGUACCUGUGGUUGUAAUGGAGCUUUUAUUAACAGAUCUUCUCCUCAUUUCUCUUAAGAUAAAGUACAAACAGGACGUCAGUAAGACGGCGAACGCUUCUCUGUAUCACCAGCUUCCUGAGACCACAGAGACCCAGCUGGCUAAAGAGCUGAGGGACAUUUACAGCGAGGUGAGACACACGUUUGGCCUCUAAAGUAUCCCAGCUGUGUAUCAGUGUGUUUGGUGAAGUGACGUCUGUGUUCGCUCUCUGUCAGGUGAAGUAUAAAGAAGGAAAGAAGGACAUCAGUAAGAACCUGUACUCACUCCUCCCUGAGACGGCAGAGACCUACUUCGCAAAGCAGAUGUCCGAGAUACAGAGCGAGGUGAGGACCCUGAACGCCUCACACAGCUGGUUUCUGGGUGUGCGGCUCCAUACUGUUUGUUUUUGAUAUAAAUGCGAACAGAAAUGAGAUUUAAGAUUCAGUUUUGCUUGAAAAAUGAUAAAAAAUUUUGUCUUUCGAUUUGACUUUUUAUCAUCAAUGAUCUGAUAUGUUUUUGCAGAAGAAUUUUAAUCAGGUGCAGUAAAAUUAUCUUGUUUAAAACAUUUCAAUGUGUCUAUUAGUUCAAGUUUUUAUCUUUCCAAACUUCUCUGUUUUUCUUUAAAGACAAAGUACAAGAAGGACAAAGAGGACCUGCCCAACACGUUAUACUCCCUGCUGCCUGAAACUCUGGAGACGCAGUUUGUCAAAGAGAUGGCCGAGACUCACAGCGAGGUGAGAAACACGAACGAAGUCUGUUAAAAUCCUCAUAUUCUGGGGAUCCAAUCCUCAGGACUUCAGCUUUCAAAACUCACUUAUAACAGAGAGCAGCCUCAGGGUGUCCAUGAAAGCUGCACUGCUUUUACACGACUGUCACGAAAUAAAAACAACAACCCGCCAAUUAUUUCAUGGUGAAUUUUCCGGACUUUUACCGGCUGCGUUCACACAAGCUUUCCCUGGAUUCUUGCUGAAACUUCACUUGGAGGCUGUCAGGCUAAAAGUGCAGAAAACUAUGACUCUAUGAUCACACUCGCAGCUCACCCUGAAAUUUUUUACCGGUCAGUUUUUAAAGAAAUCUUCUCAACGUCUUUUUCUGUCUCACACACUCAGACGUGUGAACUCAUCUCAGAUAAAGUGACCGCUGUCGUCUAUUCUGGGCGUCUUAUCAGAAACACUCACAGCUGCUGGAUUCCUGACUGACGCAGAUGUGUGACCUGUGUUUUCCUGCAGGUGAAGUACAAGGAAGCGGGAAAGAAAGAGGCGAGCAGCUCUCUUUACCACCAGCUGCCUGAGACUCUGGAGACGCAGCGUGUGAAAGAGGUCACAGAGCUGCAGAGCCAGGUACGCUCGUGUUUAACACUCAUUCACACAGUCUGUUCCUCCUGCAGGGGCCGAGCUCAACACUCCUGUUAUCACAUGUAAGAACAGUUUUCCAACAUGCAACAGUUUUCGUAUCUCACCCGGUCUCCGCACACUCACUGUCCUCCAUCUCCGGCUGAGCUCUGUGUCUCCCUUCAGAGAAAUCCAUGAAUGAAUAAUGUCUCUGCACUUUGAAGACUCUUGGCUAAAUGCAGAGGACAUUUAGGAUGCUGUUUGUAGCCAAGAAAGUAACAGCAAGACAUGUUUAUGUAAUGUUACUCAGAUAUUCAGCAGAAAAAGGGAAAAAGAUCAAGAAUUUAACAUCAUGAAGAUAUGAUUCAGCCUGUCAUGAAUGUUGGAUCCUCUCCUUCCUGAUCAAAGUGUGUCCACUAAAAGUUGUUGUUUUUCUCCCUGACUGCCUCAGAUUGUUAUUUUAAGUUUGAGAUUAGAUAACAGAGAGGAUCCCCGCAGAUUUAAACCUUUUUGUUUACUUUUGACAGUCAGGCUGACGGCUCCUAAAAGCUUCCAGACUAACUCAGGAGUUUAGCGUUGUGUAAUAUGGGAGUUGAUGGUCUGAAGCUGUCUUCAUAUGAAGGAGAUUUCUGUCCAACUUAAGUUUGAUUGUGGUCUGUUUUAGGUUAAGUUGAUUUAAGUAAGGUUAUAUUAAUCUAAUUUUCUUAUCUAAUUUAAUACAAGUUAAGUUAACUUUAACAAAUAAAGCAGUGUUAAGUAAAAUUACAUUAAGUGGAAUCAAGUCAAACCCAGUUAAGUAAAGUGAGGUUCAGUUAAGUCAGGCUAUGUUGAGUUAAUUUGAAGUCAGUCAAGUCAUGUGAAAUACAGUUAAGUUAAAGGAUUAAGUGAAGUUUAGUUACGGUAAGUUAGGUUAAUUUAGGUUAAGUUCAGUUAAGUAAACUUAGGUUAGGUUAAGUUAAGUUUAUUUAGGUAAAUUUAGGUUGAAGUCAGUUUAGUUAGGUGAAGUAAGGUGGAGUAAAGUUUAGUUAGCUUAAGUUAAGUUACUUUUAGUAAGUUAAGUUAGGUUAAGUUAAAUUUGGUUAGCAUAAUCUAAGUUAGUUUAGGUAGUGUUAGGUUUAGUUAGGUUAAGUCAAGUGAAGUUAGGUUUAGCUAAGUUCAUGUUAAGUUUAUUUUGGUUGGUAUUGCUUUAUUUUUCCCCAAUCAUCACUCAGAAGUCGUGUAGAAAUCACAAACUGAAAUCUUUUUCAUAGUAAUUACCUAAAAUGUUCACGUUGUUCCUCUAUCUCUGAUGUCCGUCUUGCUUUGUGUUCCAUAUUUUUUGUCCUUGAUAUGCAGGUGUUUGUUGUACUUCCUUCUUCAGUCACCUCGCCUCGUGAUUGGCUAUCAUUUUGUCCAUAGAAGGAGUUGGCAUGGGCCUCCUUUAAAAUCUUAUCAGCCACCCCUGUGCCACCCUAAAAUCCAUUAGCUUUGUCAGACAGUUUUCUCCAUUUCCAACACAGUUUUCUGCGGUUAGGUAAAUCGUGUUCCUCUUCAUCGUAAAUCUCUAUCUCUGUAGGGAUCCUCUCUGUAACAUCAUCAGACUCUGAGAUUUAAACUCUGAGUCUCUCAGAGGAAAACACAGAGCUGUAUUUUAAUCAGGAACUUUUGCCUGCUCAGAUUAUCAUGCAGUCAGUUCAGCCUGUUUAACAGAGUCCUGCUGGUUUUCCUCCAGAACAAGUACAAAGAGAGCGGGAAGAAGCAGAUGUCAUCCAGUCUGUACGCUCAGCUGCCACACACGGCGGAGACGCAGCUCGCCGCCAAGAUGUCCGACAUGCAGAGCGAGGUAAAAACCCAAGAUGCUCUUAAAAGGACAGACACUCUGACAGGUAGAAACUGUACCACUCGGUGGUCUGAAGGACUCAGGGGUCCUCUGUUCUCUCCUCUCUCCCUCUCUGCUUAGACUAAGUACAAAGAGGACGGGAUCAGGAACCUCUCUCAGAGCUUCUACUCACAGCUGGCGGAAACCGCUGAGACUCAGUUAGCUAAAACCGUCUCUGAGCUGCAGAGUCAGGUAAGAAAACAGACGGUAAUGAGUUUAAUUUGAUCAAUACUUCAAAUGUUUGCUUCCUUUACUAAAAUAUUGACCAGGAACAUCAGGUCAUAAUCCUCAGUACAUCUGCUAUUAAAAAAACAGACUAGUGUGUGUGUGUGUGUGUGUGAUGGAAUCAGCAGCUAACAGGUGAUGUUUCCUUCAGGCCAGAUACAAGGAGGCGAGCAAGAAGGAGGCGAGCAGCUGUCUUUACCACCAGUUACCUGAAACGCUGGAGACGCUUCACGCUAAAGAGGCGUCUGAGCUGCAGAGCCAGGUAGAGGAGCCGGCACACGGAGAUCCACGCAGCUCUUACUGGGAACACUGGAGUGUAGAAGAGUCCAGUUCCCCUCUGAGAUUUUGGACUGUGAUUGUAGCUGUUUUUCCUGAAUCACAAACAAACUUAUGUGAUAUGCCUUAGAUGGAUCUGAUAUUAGACGUGAAAUAAAAACCUAAACAAAAUAGAAAGUAAAAUGCAUGAAUAUAAGCUACAUGUUAUUUAAUUUAUAACCAGAGAUAUCAUGAGUUUAUAUGUCUGAAUUAUUGUGUGUUUCAUGCAGUUUUGGUUGCAAAAACGACUUAAGAAAAGGAAAUAACUGUUUAUAUGUUUUUAAUGUAUCAAAGUAUUUUGUUAAACCUAUUUGGAAAUUCACAAACAGACAAAUUUUAAAAAAUCAAGGUAGAUGAUUUAGUAAGCGGUCUGAAACCAUCCGUCUAGUUUUUGAGGUGAACAUCUGUCUUGCCUGAAGAACAGAUUGAUUUAGUUAAUUAUAAAGGAAACAGCUUUGAACCAACAUUUCUAUCUCACUAAAAUGUUCCUCUAAACUUCUGUUCCCUGUCUCUGUCCUCGUCUGUUCUCUCCAGGUGAAGUACAAAGAAGGAGGGAGGAAGGACCUGAGCACCAACCUGUACUCUGUUCUGCCCGAGACUGAAGAGAUGAAGGUGGCUAAAGCUGCCAUGGAGCUCCAGAGUGAGGUGCACACUCUUGAUUUACUUCUACAUCACUGCUUAAAUGAAAAAGCUACCUGUUCUGAGUCACUGCCAUUUGAUUAUAACGUGUGUUACCAGUGUCUGGUGUUCUUAUUAUUCAGUGCUUUCUCACAACUUUAUUUCUACAUUGUGUUUCUACCACUUUUUUGUACAACACUUUGGUUUUAAAUGGGCGUAAUGAAUGAAUUUGAUUUAAGGAGAGUAAAAACAGUGUGAAAAAGGCUCUUUGCAGCACCUGAUCGUGUUCCAGCAUGUAGCUAGUGAUUCUGUGAACUCGAUCAGGAUUUAAAAUCCAAAAUAUUUCAAAUAGGAUUUGAGUGCAGAGGCCUUAUUUUGAUAGAAUAUAUCCAAACAUAGAUGCAGAGGUAAUCCUGUCCUGAGUAAAUGCGAAACCGUCUCCUCUGGUCGCUGUUGCGGCUGUUGGUAGUUCCAGCAGCUGUCCAGGAUGGGGAGCAGCAUCUUUGAGUUGUGUUAUAUCCUCUGCUCCUUUAGUGAAACUAAAUCCUAUCGCAGUUUUGGAGCUGAACCCAUGAGCAUCUCUCUCCUCCGAGUAUUGAGGAGCUUUGUUUAUUCUGCUAAUGCUCCUGCUGUCGCUAAAUUAAGUUCCUAACGAGUGACAAGCUUUCGUCCUUCAGGCACAGCUCAGUCCUCGUCUCUUCUGCAUAGAAACGAAAAACAACAAGGAUAAUUGCUUAAACUCAAAGUGAAGUAGCUGUGCAUGCUCAGACCUUCCUGCUGUGUUUUCAGCUCAAGAAAGUGUUUUGAAGCAAACGUGAAUGGUAGAUAAUUCCAAACCAGACAUGCUCAGGUCGUGUUAACAUUUUCUCAUUUUGGUGUGUUUGAAUGUUUUCAUGUUUCAGACUAAAUACAAGCAGAAAGGCAGACAGGAGAUCAGUAACAGUGUUUUCCACCAAAUGCCAGAGACCAAAGAGAUGGAGUUUGUGAAGCAGAUCUCUGAACUCCAGAGCGAGGUGAGGAGUUUGUUCACGAGUGGAAAUGACAGGAUCCUCAAAUCUGUUUGUUCCUCUUUUCAUUUUCUGCACGUCUCUCCAUGUUUGUGUUUCAGACAAAAUACAAGAAAGACAAAGAGGAUCUGUCCAACACGUUAUACUCCCAGCUGCCUGAAACUCUGGAGACUCAGUUUGUUAAAGAGAUGGCGGAAACACACAGCGAGGUGAGAAACACUCAGUCUACGAUGAUGAUGGUGAUGGUGUGAAUAUUUUACCGACUGUUCGCCUGAAAUAGCCUGACUGUGUUUGGGGUUUGCUCCAGAUUUUAUUCCCAACAUCACAGAUUAAUAAUUCAGCAAGACAUUAAGCACUUAUGAAUGAUUUGUCUGCUUUUUGGAAGUAGCUCAGGGUUCAGGCCUUCAAACUAAAAGAAGAGUCUGAGAUUUAAGAUCAACACAAACACAAAAUCAGCAUUUGUGUCUUUGUUUGAAAGAUAACGUGUUAUAUCAUCAGCAAAAGGGUUUAUAUCUGCUUACAUUCAUCCAUAAUAUCUCCUUGUUACACCAUGAAGGUUUAAGGGCAAAUUACCGACCUCUAAAGGUCCUUACACAUCAGCAAAUUUGUGGAGCGAAGCGAAAAAGUGAGACGAAAAUGCGAAAAUAUUUGCCGGUCCGAAAAAUCGCUUUCGCUUGUACACACCGGGCGUCCCCUCUGUAGUACACACUCUCUCCCAUCGUUGCUCUUGGUGCCAGUGGUGGUGUGUGUCGUGUGAACUGCAGCCGCAUGGGUCUGUGACGUCAUCAACAACAUGACUUUUGAUUGGCCAGAGGUCUAGCAGGUCCAGAUAUUCGCCUGCGAAUCUCAGAAAAAUUCGACACAAGAGCAAAAAAACAAAAGACGCAGAAAAAUCGCAGCCAGUGUGGAAGCUUGCAUUGACUUUAUGACUUUAUGCUGUUUUUAAAAAAGGCGAAUAACUGGCCUGGCGAAUUCGCGCCUGGUGUGUAAGGACGUUCAAUCUUGGACACGUCAGAGAUAUAAAUCCAGUCUAAUCCGAAGCGUUGAUUUGGUUUGAAGAAGGUGCAGCUAAAAGAAACUAAAACACUCAGAUAUUCAUCAGGCUGGACGUUUGAGUGAAAACAGAAAUCAUGUGACUCUUUAAACCCAACACUACUCUUCGGCUCCUUUGGUUUUAGGAGAGUUACGCUAAAAUUUAAGUUCUUAACACACAAGCAAGACUUCUAUUUUUAAUCCCAGCUCAGCACAAACUGACUGUUUAGAAACAGACAUAUGUUUCCGAUCUGUUUCUCUCCCCUCUCCUUCCUCUUUGGUGCCACUGUGAGCUCUGUUAGCCGGUGUGUUACUUCUAAUAUUAAGGUGAUAUCAUUGUCGCUCUGCAGGUAUUAAUCUGGUUGGUGUUGUUGUUGUUUUGUUUUCAGAGUAAAUACAAAGAGGCGGGUAAGAAGGAGCUGGUGAAGUCUCUGUACUCUCUGCUGCCUGAAACCAAAGAAACUCAACACGCCAAGGAGCAAACUCAGCUGCACAGCGAGGUACAGACUCAAACACAGGAGCGACAAUCUGCCAACACGGGCUUUAAUGUUGUCGCUAAAUGUCUCCUGUCCUAACAUGUUCACACAGUGUUGAUUGGAGUCCUCGCCUCCUCUUUGUAGCCCUUAUAUUUGGCUGCAGAGUCAAUGUUCCCUUAAAUAAUUCAGCAGCAGCCUCCAUCAGCGUGGAGUAAGAGAGUGGGCAGAAGAGGAAAACAGUUUUCCUUAAAUAUCUUCAGGGUCUCAGAGUGCCCAGACCUCCUAUUUAGCAGGAAAUGAAAUGAAAGAUAAUUAAAUUUCAGAAAAGUCAAAAAAGCUGGAAACAAUGACAUCCACUGCCUUAAAUUAUAUAAAUUAUAUAUCACUCAUGCCUCAUGAACCUGACUUUAAUCCAAAUUUUUCGUUUUCGUUUCUGAUUAAAAUUAGAUUAAAUUGUAUUAAACAGACUGUGAUAAAACCUGAGAUUCAAGAGCACCCUUUGCCCUCGCCCACACUCUUUCCUAUCCCAUAGAUACACCCGCUUUUGUCCACUCUUGAAUACACUCAAUAAAGGCCAAAAAAAAAGAUCCAAAAACUCACCUGUAGUGAGCACUAAUUUCCAGAGAGGGCGCCAAAGAUGACAAAUUCAUCUAAAUUCGCCUGUAAGAUAUUUUGACCGAAUGUUUAGCUUAAUUAUAGAAACUGCAGGCGUAACAAAGACAUCAUCGUGUCCUGAUUCAUAAUUCAUACUGACAAAUCUACAGUGUUACGAGUCUAAGUGUGAUGGGUCAGGUACUAAUCCUGGUGUGUUUGUGCUGCAUCCUUUUAGAGGAGAGGAUCUGAUUCAUGAUUUGGUCGGUUCAAUGAGGGUUUUUUUGUUUUAUGUUACAGAAAGCCUACAGAGAGGAGGGUAAGAAGGAAGCCGGCUGCAGCCUGUACGCCCAGAUGCCACAAACCAUCGAGACCGUUUUCGCUAAAGAGCUGACCAAGACACAGAGCGAUGUGAGUGGAAAUCAGCUGACUGAUCUUCACUGUGUGAUAACAUCAGACUGAAAAUCCUCUUCAGACCGUAAACACAUCAACAUGAUGCCUUUUUAUAUGUAGAGCAAAGUGAAAUUGUGGUUUUGUGAAUGGGGUCUGGUACUUUGUUUCGGGGCAGUAACUCUGCUCCAAAAACCAACAAACUGGCAGACGCUGUAAAAAAAUGAAAACAUGAUUUAAGAAAUGAUUUUAGAUCCUUUUUAGUUCAUCUUAAAUGUCCAUAAUUAAGUUUCACAGACACAUUUGGACCCCUGAUCUGAGGUCAGUCAUCACUGGUGGUCAGCUUCCACAUUUAGACGGAUCAGAGGUUCAGACUGGAGAUUCUGAAGUAAAGUUCAAUACAUAAACAAAACAGUAUUUUAAUGUUGUAGGACACAGGAUCAGUCCUUCUGUUCGAUCCUUUUGCAGCUGCUUUCUGCGUUUGUCCGUUUUGCUUUGUAUCAUUUGUGUAUUUAAACACUUGUGUCGUUUUUGCAGCAGGUUUUAACCGUUUUGUUGGUUUUGGACUGUUGCAUGUGUCAUUCCUGCAUUUGCCGUGUAUUUCUCUGAGUGUAGAUCGUAUGCAAGUUGUUGGCCCUCCCCGGCCACCAUUGCACAAACCCGGCUGUUUCAUGAUGUAUAAUUUGUCAGGAAAGACCAUAAUUACGUACCAUGCCAUGAAAAACUCAGGAGGUAAAGCACCUUUGUGAUUUUAUCUUCAUCGGUAGUCCGUUCAGUGAUGCUGCAGGUCUUCUUCACUCUUUUUUAUGCACGAGAACUUUUCAGAGUUACAUUGCAGCCUUUACAGCCUGUUUCACGGCUGCUGCCUGAAAGAAUUCAAACUCGAUGUUUCCGCUCGUCAUUUCGACUCCAAAAUAUGCAAAAGGGUCACGACGAGAGACUUCAGUUUAAAGAGCACAGAAACAGAAAGGAGGGGGUUGAGAGGUAUCUUUUUGUCUGCCAAGGCGUGAAAACAGAGAGCAGCUGUGUGAUCCUCUGCUGCCUGAGGACACAAACACUGACCUACUGCCUACACACACACACACACACACACACACACACACACACAUGAACAGAUUACAAACUGGGGCAGAAACAGGAUCACUUUUCAAAACUGAGGUCUCUGAACACAGGGAAAUUCCUCCGGGCCCUACCUUCAUAUUUCUGGUGUUUUAUUGACAUUUAGCACCGUAUAUUUUCUCGCUGCUGCAGCAGAUCAUCCUCUCCAACAAUAUCUAAACACUGUCCUACAACAAGAGACACAGAUCCAGAAGGGAGGAAAUCCAGACCUGAGGUAAACUGGGGCAGGAGUCUGAUGCUUUCUGGUUUCAUGUCUGUUGACCGAGCAAUCUAUCGCUAACUGGAGCGUAUAACCUAGACCACCUAGAAACAGCUCGUCCAGACAGUCUCAAACCAGCCGUACAAAGACACUGAUCCCAGGCCUGCAGGCUGAAGGUAAAGUGAAGGAGAGGUUUAAUGUGACAGCUUUGUUACCAAACCGUCUGUUUGGUUUAUUAUCCGUGCAGUUUACUAUCAGACUCUCAGAGGAAGCGACUGGGCUAAAAAUGAUUGCUUCAGACUUUACAGCCUUUGAGUUGAAAAGAAAACUUCCUGUCAGAUUUAUAACUUCAGUUUCUGAGGACGUCCUGAGAAGUUUAUGCUCAGAUUCAUAUAUCUCGCCUUUUAUUAUUUUGCUCAUUUUAGGGCCUAAAAAUUUUGAAAACAAGACGGUAGUUUGUCUCCCUUGACAGCUUCGAAUCAGGAUGUUACAGCUGCAGUUUUAUUUCCUGCAUGCAGUAAACCAAAAGUUAUUGGAUUCAUUGUCAAUGUUUUUUUGCGUUUGAGUUUAAAUCUGCCGUUUUCAGGCUCAGACUGCGACUUUAAGUGUCCGACAUCGUUACAGAAAGGAUCCCUGCAGAGACAGAUCUUUGUUUUAAAGACUAGUAUAUAUUAUUCCUAAUAUAUCAUCUGGAUUUCCUCUCAGAAGUCCAAAACUGCACACAGAAGACAGCAGGGUCUUUUUCUCUCCGCCUUUCUGUCCUCACUCACUUUAAUAUUCAUUUCUGCACCAUGCUGUUCAUUUCUUAUUUUCACAGCUGGAAGCUGCUCCUCGCCAAUAAACGGAAGGAUCUCACUUGUUUUUUUUUGCACCAGGCUGAUUAAUCGUCAGAUAUUUUCUCCCUCCAUCCAUCAGACUCCUUUUAUUUUAUUCCCUCUGUCUUUUUGCGUCUCCGUCUAACCGUCUUUGUUUCUUUCUCGGUCUCUCUGCAGAAGUUCUACAAGGAGAAGUAUAACCGUGAGAAGGGGAAGUCCAGCUACACCAACAUGAAAUCACUGCCGGAGGUGGAGCACGCCAUGGAGGUCACCAGGAACCAGAGCGAUGUAACUUCACACACACUCAGACACGUUUGUGCCGCGGCUCUCUGAAGACAGGAGAGCUUAUCUAACUCUGUGUGUGUGUGUGUGUGUGUGUGGGCAACAACACCUGCUCAUCUGUGUGGACUCUGCAGUACCAACAUAAACCCGGUUCUGACUCUGUUCAGCACUAAAGUAUUGUCUUGUUUUUAUUUGUCUCCUGGUAUAAAGGCAGACGACUCACGAAAAUUCGGACGCUGUCACAGUCAGAAAACUUCUCGCUCUCUUCACCUGGAGUUUCGUGUUUGACCGUCGGUGUUUGUCGUAACUGUUCUCAGGUCAGCUACAGGAAAGGCAGAGAGGAGCUCCAUCACUACAACACGGUGGCGGACAGACCCGACAUCGUCUCCGCCAGCAACGCCACCAAACUGGCCAGCGAUGUGAGUCACCGCUGUAUGUGUGUGUGUGUGUGUGAGUGUGUGUGUGAGCUUGUUCCUACAGUAAUUUCCAUGACAACAGUCCCAUUACCCAGCUGUUCUCUGAGCUGAACCGCUGAUAAAUUAUAGAAAACGCUCUGCUGUUAACACUGAACUGCCAUUAUGUAAGGGCGCGCUGCAAGGUGUGUGUGUGUGUGUGUGUGUGUGUGUGUGCAUGUGUGUAAGUGUAAGUAUGUGUGUGUGUUCCUUAGUUUUUCACUCAGUGCAGUCAAACAUAAGAAAAAAUAUAAUUCCUCUUCAAUUUUUCAAGGUUUCAUUCACCCUUGUGUGUUUUUGUGUAUUUAAUGUGUGUGUAUUCACUGUGGGUGUGUUUGUGUAUGUAUUGUGUGUUUGUGGGUGUGGGUGUGUUUGUGUAUGUAUUGUGUGUUUGUGGGUGUGGGUGUGUUUGUGUAUGUAUUGUGUGUGUGUGUGUAAUUUCCACAGGUGGCCUAUAAGAAUGCCAAGCCGCUAAUGUACAGUGACGGCUCUCUUCUGGCUCGUACCGACAUCCAACACGCCAAAGAGGUUUCAAAACUGGCCAGUCAGGUAAAACACACACACACUCACACACACACACACACUGAUAUAUCUUACCCAGCAUGCAUCUGGCAGCUGUCUGUGACCCCUCUUCGUGUCUCCCUCCUGCAGGUGAAGUAUAAGGAGAAUUUUGACAAAGAUUUAAAGGGCCAGCGUCCUCGUUACAACCCGCUGGACUGUCUCUCCUUCAAACACACACAAGCUGCUGCCGCUCUGGCCAGUCAGGUGAGUGGAUCACAGUCACAUGACCUCUCCUAUAAGGUAGACUCUUUUGCUCUGUUUAAUGUUGAUUUGUCCCACGAGGAGGCUGAUGAGAAUCUGUGGAAGAGAUGAAUAGGAGGAACGGUUUUGAACUGUUGUUACUUUUACUUCAAUUUUUAGAAAUCACUUUUUAUCUGUAACAAAAAAUCAACUCUAAGAAACACAAAAAGUGAAUCUUGUAUUUCUCAUGGUUAAUAAAACAAAAAUAAGAGCUCCACAUGAACGGACUUCGAUCGUGGUCGUUUGAGAGUCAAGAUGGAACUUUUUCAGUCUGAGCCCGUCCACAACCUCUCUGAGGAGGAAAGGCCCGCUGAGACCCUGAUAUCUUUGAAAUCAUUUUUGAAAACUCACUUUUUAUAUUUCACAGACUUUUUCAACACUUUUCAAUUUAAAACAGACAAAUUUACUGUCCCCAAUUUAUUUCUGUCUUUCACCUUUUUAUUCAUGUAUUUAUUGUUUUGUUUAUUUGGAUCUCACAGCCUCUCCUCUUUGAAUCUGUUUUUGUUCCUUUUUCUUUAUUUUCCUCUUCAGUGAAUCUUUUUUUUCCUUGAAUUGUUUUCAUUCUGGUAAUUUUUCACCUUUUAUUUGCUUCCACUCUAUGAUUUCUGAUUUAUUUCUCCUCUGCUGUUGGAAUGAUUAUUUAUAGUUUGUAAGUGUCUGUUUUUAAAUAGUUAUUACUUAUUGGACCUGAAGGAUCACAGACGUCUUCAUCUUUUGCAUUUCAUCGUAUUUAAUCUGAUAGCUGUACACUCUUUCUUGACCGACAGCCCGUCAGCACGGUGACUGCCUUCUGCUCACUCCUACAUCCCUCUAAAAUUAGGACUUUCUGGCUCCACUAACUGACAGAGAAGCUGGUGGACAGUAAAUCAAUCCUUCAGGCUUCAGCUCCUUCAGAGCCGUGAUCUGCUCUAAACACGUUCCUAAAGGCGAGCGGUGAAUCUCACUGUCUCUCUUUGGUGGUUUGGACCCUCAUUCUGGUCCACAUGGAGCCGUGUUUGAAUCCCUCCUGCUGAAAACCUGUUUUUCAGACGCACACAUGCUGGUGCAGACCGUCUCUGGCUCAGGGAGAGGUUUCUCUGAAAAGCAGCUCCGAGUGAAACGUUCCCGAACACCAGGCAGCGUUCAACACCCCGUUACAUAACGCUGUGAAGUGAAGAGGCUCUUUUCUGUGGCUGUGUGGGCAGCGAGCCGACGAAAACUCAACCAGGGCUGCAUCUGUGUGUGUGUGUGUGUGUGUGUGUGUGUUUGUGUGCUUAUAACUGUUUGUUUGUUAGCGCGCUGGCUCAUCCUAGUGUGUAGUUGCGUGUAUUUAUGGCCGCUCUGUUGUUAUCUGUGUGUUAUGUGUGCGAUUGCAUGUAGCGCCUGUUUAUGUGUGUGUAUGUGUAUGUAGGUGUCCACUGUGUGUGUGUGUGCGUGUGCUUGUGUGUCUCUGAAUAACCUCUGCAACUUCUCCAACUCCUCAUCCUACAAUCGGCCCGCAUUUGCCUCACAAAGGUUGCCAUGGUAACGCCCACACAACAGACUGAGUUUUAGAGAGUGAGUCAAAGUGAAUGAGUUGCGCGCACACAGACACACACACACACACUGAGGCUCUUGAACUGAUUCUCUUCGGUCAGUUGAAAAUCAAACUAAACAGAUCUGAUGUCUCUGAGGAGUUUCUCGAUGAUAAAAACUUGUUUUCUCUCGACAUGAUGUUGUAAAUAUGAAAAUACUCUGAAACAAGUUCGAUUCCUACAUGGAUUGACUGAAUUCUCACUAUUUUCAGUAGGUUUUAAUCGAGCUGCACUCCUGAUAUUUUCAGCUUUUUCAAUUUUGUCGAACUACCUGUAAACGGAGUGUGUGAAGUUUGUCCUGUUGAACUUGAAAAGUGUCAGAGGUCGACCAAAAUAGACUGAUUCAUCAAUCAGGCUGAUUGACGAGGAUCAUUAAUGUCAGUGAGGGCAAAUAAUCUGCAUCAGCUGAGUGAAAAAAUAAAUUAUAUCUGCAGACUUCUCAGUCAGUUUGUUUACGUGUUGUUCAAAAAGUUGACUUAUUGAAAGUGGACCUUUGAAAUCAACGUAAACACAAGUCUGACUGAAAUGGCUCUAAAUUUGAUUCUCCCUUCUGUGUAUUUGCUUCAGCGAGAAUGAGACUGUUCAGUAACAGAAAGGAAAAUAAAGGAAAACUAAGCUGUUUAUUUACUAAAAGUACAGAGCUUUUUUUUUUUCCUUGAAUUGUUAUUUAUUUUUAUUUUUAUUUUUAUUUUUUAUUUUAUUUUAUUUGAUGAAUUUAUUUAUUUAAUUUAUUUAUUAUUAUUAUUAUUAUUAUUAUUAUUUAUUAUUAAUUUAUUUAUUUAUUAUUCAAUUAUUAUUUUUACUUUAUUUUUUAUUUUAAUAUUUUUAUUUAUCUAUAUACAUUUAUAAGUAUGGGUAUAUGUGAAUAUAUAUUUUAUUAUUCAUUGCUGUAACAUUGACUUGUACCUUUCUACUUUUCUCAGUUAAUUAAAUAAAAAGUUGAUCACAAAAUUAAAAAAAAGGUACAGAGCCGCAAAGUUUACAGUUUUUUAACGUUAUGACAUUACUGAUGAUUCGUCUUCCUCGUUAAAAACAGGAGGACUCUGUCAGCGCCAAGACCCAAACUCUUAGACAUGAAUCUUUUUUAAAAAUCGCCUCUGCUUCGUUCAUUUUGACUCCUGAUCUGUCUUUCAGGUGAAAUAUAAAACCAACCAGAACCAGAAACCUGAAGGUUCUUCAGACCUGCCCAACCUCCUGCAGCUGGAGCACGUGCUGCACGCCAGCAAGCUGCAGAGUAACGUACGAGAACAUUACACACCUGCUGCAUCACAAAACACUGACAAUGCAUGUGUUUAUAUGUGUGUGUGUGUGCAUCCUGAUAAGUGUGUCAUAACACCAGGCAGCUAAUUUAGCCUCUCUCUCUCUCUCUCUCUCUCUCUCUCUCUCUCUCUCUCUCUCUCUCUCUCUCUGUGUUCAGGUAGAGUAUAAGAAGAAGUACGAGCAGACGAAGGCUCACUACCACAUCGCUCUGGACACAGCUGAACAGCUCCACCACAAGGAGAACGCAGUGCUGCACAGCCAGGUUACACAAACACAUAAACACACACACACUCUCUCUCUCUCUCUCACACACACACACACACACUCUCACACACACACACACUCUGCUAACCUCUUGUCUGUGUUUAACCUGUGAGAGUCUGUUUCAGGUGAAGUACAGAGAGGAGUAUGAGAGGAAUAAAGGUCGCUCUCAGAUGGAGUUUGGAGACACUCAGACCUACAAGGUUUCUAAAGAAGCUCAGAAGAUGCAGAGCGAGGUGAGACACAUUAACCGCUCUCACACUUCGCCAUUUCCAAUCAAUCAAUUAACCUCUUUGAGUAUGACUUUACAGGAUUAAACUUAAACUCUCUCUGCCCUCUCCACAGACCGUUUAUGUAUUUAUUUAGGAUUUGUCUUUUUAUCGAUUGUUCUCUCAUGGAUCAAUACUGAGCUCUCUCUCUCUUUUUCUCUUUCUCUGUCUCAGAGGGAGUACAGGAGGGACUAUGAGGAGCAGAUGAAGGGGAAAGCCUUGGUUGAUGUGGACCAGACACCUGGAUACCUGACAGCUCGCCACGCCAGCAGCCUGCUGAGCGAGGUAACACACACACACACAUACACGAGAAAAACUCAAUUAUCUUAUUGGAGUAAUUUUACAGAUUCAAACAGCUCACAGAGACUAAUUUUCGCCUGCUGUGCUUAUUUCAAUAAUAUUGACGAUAUUUGACUUUGAGUGCUUUACAAGGGCAGCAGAAUUCAACAGGCAGCCUUCUAAAGACUUCAAACUUGUCUCAAAGAUUUUAAAGGAGAUGAAACUCUUGACAACAUUUUUCAAAACAGUUAAAUUCAAUCAAAAUUUAAACGUCAGGCUAAAUUAUAAACUGUUUUUUUUAGUCCCAGACUCAGAGAUGUGUUGAAGAGAUAGAAAGAUGUGAAAUAAUCCAUUUUUUUACCCUGAUUCAUCUUUGUCUCACAGCUGCUCUCCUUAAAGGCCUCACGCAGCAAACAGAGUCCAAACUUCCCAACAAUAGGAAACUUAGCAGUCUAACUCUUGGGUUUUCUCUCUCUGUCUGUAGAAGGAGUACAGGAAGGACCUGGAGCAGGAGGUGAAGGGGCGGGGCUUAUCCGGCAUCGGCCUGGAGGACACACCUGAGCUGCUGAGGAUCAAAAACGCCAGUCAGAUACUGAACGAGGUAAAACUCACACACACACACACUUCUAAAAAGACAUGUAACUUUAAGCUGAGCGUUUCUGCUGUGUGUGUGUGUGUGUGUGUGUGUGUGUAUGCUUGUGCACGUGUGUGUGUGUUCUGCAGAAGGAGUACCGUAAGGAUCCAGAGAGGGAGAUCGUUGGUAAAGGAAUGGAGCUGAGCUCAGACGUCCUGGAGAUCCGAAGAGCAAAGAGAGCGUCAGAGAUCCAGAGCCAGGUACGAGUGUGUGAGAGUGUGUGUGAGUGUGAGUGUGUGUGUGUGUGUGUGUGUGUGUGUGUUUGUGGUGUAGAGGGGAGCAGGUCUGUCUUUACUGAGGUUAAAGCUGUUUUAGAUUUUAACCACUGAGGAUUAGAUUCAAACUUUAUCUGAGGAUAACCAGAAAUCAAACUCUGACCUCUAAACUACAAACCAAACUUCAAGAAGGUUUGAUAUGUCCUGAUGGUGUGUGUGUGUGUUUGUGUGUGUGUGUUUGUGUGUGUCUCAGAGGUCCUACAAGCAGACGGAGCAGCUGAGAGAAAACUCGUACGGGACGGUGACAGACACACCUGAGCUGCUGCACGCCUCCUACCUCAAAGACGUCUACAGCCAGGUGAGUUCCAACAUCAGAUCAGCCUGUGGGGAAGAACCCAGGGAUUUUGAGAUUAUUCCUCAUGCUUCGGUGUCUUAACCAGUAACAAAAAAAAAAAAAGAAAGUUGUUUUUUUUUUUAAUCGCAUUUUAUUGAAUUUAAGACCUGGAUACAAAAGAUCCGAUGAUCAUAAGGAAAGCCAGUGUCAUUUUUUUUUAAAGAUGGACUGAGCGAGGAAGAGCAGCUGUAUGUUCACUCACAGAUGGAAAAUCAUUCAAAUCCUUCUCCUAUCAUGAUAAAUUUCUUUUAAACUGUGAACAAAGUGAGUUUACUCGUCACCAAAGAUCAGAAAUCAGAAAUCCAGGCUCCUCAGGGUCAGGGAUGUAGGUUUGGACUCUGCUGGUUUAAUCUGUCGGCUGAAUGUGUCUCUAACUUCUGAUUUUGUUUCUUUCCUCUGGUAGAAAAAGUACAAAGACGAGGCCGAGCGUCUGAAGGGACAGUACAGUCUGGUCUCUGAAACCCCGGAGAUGGAGAGAGUCAAAGCCAACCAGAGGCACAUCAGCUCUGUGAGCGCAGACCUCAGCACAUUUAUUAUCCUGUAGGAAACCUGCUCUCUCUCUCUCUCUCUCUCUCUCCGUUUCUCUCACGGCUCUCUGUCGCCCUCUAGCUGCGGUACUGCUGGGACUCCAAACUCAUGAGGGGCCUGAUGUCUUCAGUGACAGAGACGCCAGAGAUCGUCCUCGCCAGAGAGAACGCCAAGAAGAUCAGUGAUGUAUGAGCGCAUGUAAAAUGAGGGAAACGUGUUUUUCCUGUGGAUAUGGAUCAGAGGGAAAGUCAAAGACUGACGCUUUUGUAGAGUUUCUAAAAACCGUUCUGCCCUCCCUCAGGUCAGGUACAGGGAGGAGGUGGGCUGUGGCACCGCCGUCAAAGACACACCGGAGAUGGAGCGAGUCCGACGCAACCAGGAGAACAUCAGCUCAGUGAGGACACGCUCAGACAGUCGCAAAAAUGAGACAGAUGUCCGAUUAUUCUGAACUUUUUCAACAACUUUGUCAAAAAGGAAACCAAAAAGUUCUGCCAAACUAUCAUGUUUUUUUUUUCUAUCUUUGUGAAAGUCUAAAAGAGUAAAAAGUUUUAAAGUCUGUGCGUGUCUGUGAAGGUCAGUCGUGUCUCAGGACGAGUUCAUGGCUCUAAAAUCUCUUCAUCAGGUCAAAUACAAGCAGAGUUCAGUGAAGGCCACCAGUGUGGGAGUGACGCCGGAGCUGGAGAGAGUCCGACAGAACCAGGAGAACAUCAGCUCCGUGAGGACACACACACACACUCACACACACACACACACACACACACACACACACACACACACACACACACACACACUCACACAGACACACACACAUACAGACACACACACACACACACACACACACACACACACAUACAUACAGACACACACACACACACACACACACUCACACACACUCACACACACACACACACACACUCACUCACACACACACACACACACACACACACACUCACUCACACACACACACACACACACACACACACACACACACACACACACACACUCACAGUCACACAGACACACACACACACACACACACACACACUCACUCACACACACACACACACACACACACACACACACACACUCACUCACACACACACACACACACACACACACACACACACACACACACUCACACACACACACACACACACACACACACACACACACACACUCACAGUCACACACACACACACACACACACACACACACACUCACUCACACACACACACACACACACACACACACACACACACACACACACACACACACUCACAGUCACACAGACACACACACACACACACACACACACACACUCACUCACACACACACACACACACACACACACACACACACACACACACACACACACACACUCACAGUCACACAGACACACACACACACACACACACACACACACUCACUCACACACACACACACACACACACACACACACACACACACUCACAGUCACACAGACACACACACACACACACACACACACACACUCACUCACACACACACACACACACACACACACACACACACACACACACACACACACACACACACACACACACACACACACACUCACUCACACACACACACACACACACACUCACACACACACACACACACACACACACACUCACACACACACACACACACACUCUCAGGAUCAUUUUCAGGGUAACACCUCAUGUCUUAUAUCUUGUGUGUAAACAGGUGAAGUACCAACGUGGGCUGCAGGAGCUGAGGGGGCGGAGCUGCACCGAGCUGGACACACCUGAGUACAGGCGUGUCAGAAAGACGCAGGACUCGGUCUCCAUGGUAGCGGCUUGGUUGCCAUGGCUUCUGGAUGGGCUGUGGGAGGAGCUAACAUGAUUGGUGUGGCACCUCGUGUGGGACUGACGCACUUCUACUAACAGCAACAGCAACCAGUGUGUGUGUGUGUGUGUGUGUGUGUGUGUGUGUGUGUGUGUGUGUGUGUGUGUGUGUGUGUGUGUGUGUGUGUGUGAGAUCGGAGUGUGUGCACAAUAAAAGACUUGAAAACCAUUCCCAGUGUGUGUGUUUUUUUGCUCACUGACAAACUGCACCCUCACAAGUGUGUGUGUGUGUGUUUGUGUGUGUGUUUGUGUGUGUGUUUGUGUGUGUGUACAUUGGUUCCCUCACACUGCUGUGUUUAUUAACCCUUUAGUUGUUGCUGUCAUGUUCUGACUGACUGAUGAAGAUGUGUUACCCUCCGCUCCUCGACAGGCCAAGUACCACGAGGACUUUGAGCGGGCGCGCGGUCGAGGCUUCACGCCAGGAUUCGACGACCCCAGCAUGGAGCGCUACCAGAGAGCCAAUCAGAUGAUGGCGGACCCCGGAUACAGCAAAGGGAUCCACCCCCAGGCGGUGGAGAUGGACAGACGACCAGGAGGCAUCAUCGUAGGUCGGUGACCCUCAAACUGUUUGUGUUUGUGAGGAUGGAGUGUUGAUUAUGUCACUGAUGCUCUGUGAUUGGACGGUUAUCCUCCAAUCAGAUGGAUCUCUCAGCUUCACUCUUUAUUUUCUGGUCAUUUUCUUCUCUUACUGACACGGUUUGAUCUUUUCAGCGGACAGAUGGAGACUCCAGCUCUGGUGAUCAUCUUUUUUAGGGUUUUAGAGUCUCGAUCAGUGUUUACUGAAAAAUAAAGGUUCAGACUUUAUCAGCUGAUCAGAACUUUUUAAGGACUAAAAGAAUUGACAAGAAACUGGACUUUUCCAGAACAUCCUGAUGUUUUAGGGAGUGGAUUUUUGAUUUGAAUGAGCUGUAAUCAUCAAAAUUCAAACAUAAAAAGUCCUGAAAUAUUUCACUUCUGUUCACUUCAUCUAGAAUUUUACAGAAGUUUCACUUUUUCAAUCAAACGAGAGGAAAAAAAAUGAACUUUUUAGGAUGUUGUGAUUUACGAGCUGCACUUGUGUCGUCCUUUAUUCCCUGUGUGAAUCUUUCGCUCCUUUUUGAAGACCUGAAGGUGUGGAGGACAGACCCCGGCUCCAUCUUUGACUUUGACCCUCUGGAGGACAACAUUCAGUCAAAGAGCCUCCGCAGGAUGUCUGGUACUUCACCUGUUCAGCGUUCUUCUAACUAAACCACAGGGUGUCCAGCUGCUGUGGAGGAUAAAAAGUGUUUUAAAGUUUUAAUUUUCACGACAGAAGAUACUCGAGUUUGUUUGCAUGAAUCUGAUUUCCUGUCACUUGUUUUGAAUGAUACAGAUUUAACAGUAAGAUUUGGUCUCAGUCUGAUGAUCAUCUUUAUUCUUCACCUCCUUCUCUCUGUUUGCUCACACUGACUGAAAUCUCUCAUGGUUAAACGUGACUUAAAGGGAUAUUUCAGAAUUUUUAAAGAGUUAAAUGUCACUUUUGAGUGUUUUAGCCACAAUAGAUGUUGCUCGACUCGUUCUUUAAAGUUUGAUCUAUUUCACAUGUUUCUGCGUCUGCUCUGAUAAAAUCCUCACUUUCUUCUCCAUCCUGUGUUUCUUCCUCUCCUCUUUGUUGUGGUUAUUCCCGCUCUGUGCUGCCCCCCUGUGGCGGCUGCCUCUCAGAGCGGGCCGACCGCAGGCUCAGCAGACAGCACUCCCAGCAGUCUCUCACCCACAGCCAGGCUCAGUCUGUGAGCUCGCUGACCUCUGACCUCUGGGACCGCAGCAGCGCCGACACUCCUGGUAUCUGCCUUCAUGUUGAGUCUCUGAGUUCAGCACGGCCUCACAGGACGAAGGACACACACCGGCAUGUGUUUGACUCUGAUCCACCGACCAGACUAACUCUUUUUCUCUGUAGUUUCCCUAAAACUCACCGUGUGCUCACAGAGGAGGCCGCCGUGUGAAGACGAGACCUUUCAAACUCUCUGAUUCUCUCUCUGCCUGUCUCUCGUCCAGCCCCGGUCCUUCCUGGAGCGUAUCAUCAGGGCGUCCAGAUGCAGCAGCAGCAGCAGUAUCACGGCUACAUGCACCAGACCAGCAUGUCAUCAGUGAGAUCUGUCACCUCCCCGCCGCACUCUGGCACCACGGUACGCUCCUGUCCAGACGCAUCUCACCUUUAAUUGGUUUGGGGGUUUUGUGGAAAGUCAGAGAGAGCAGGGUCAUGAGGAGUGGGCAGUCUGACGUGUUUAUCCUGCCCAUCGUCAGCACUGUAUUAAGAAUAAAACUUAACCACCUGACCUGAAACCUGACCUCUCUUAUUUCUUUUUGUUCUCUGCAGCGUGUUUACCGAGCGCUGUACGACUACGCGGCUCAGGACCACGACGAGGUCUCCUUCAGGGACGGCGAUGUCAUCAUCAACGCCCAGCCCAUCGACGAAGGCUGGAUGUACGGCACCGUGCAGAGGACCGGCAAGUCUGGCAUGCUGCCGGCAAACUACGUGGAGUGUUGCAACUAGAGGAGGAGAGAGAGGGAGAGGUGGAAAUGUAAAGAAUAAGAUCCUCCGACACUGUUUGAGAAUCAGCUGCCGGGGAUGUUCUUUGUUCUUCAGGGGUCAUUUCGAGGUCAUUUAGGGGUUUGGCAGAGAUGUUUUUAAAAAGAUAAAGAUUAAGAUAAAGAUUUUCUGUCAAAUUGUACCAUUAUACGUCACAGGAGCAGAAAAUGCUCCUGCACUUCCAGGUUAGGGUGUGAUCUGAUUAAAGAGCAGUCACAAAAACACACUAAAACAGCCGCAAAUCUACUUUUCUUUGUACUUUUAAGACAUUUAGAGAAAAUGUCAGCGAUCAUCUCAUACAGAAAUAAGAAGUCAAAGCCGUCUGAGGCUAAAUUUACAGUUUUUUAAUGUCUGUUGAAACACACUGAACAUCUCUGACCGCUGAAACAUGAACACAGAGUACCUGAGGAUGAAGAUUUUCUCAGUGUUUAGAAAAAAGUGACGGAGGAGCUAAAGUCUAAAUCCAGCAUGCUGUCAAUGCGUUAGGUCAAAACUUACAAGUAGAGGAAGAGAGGAAGGAUGCAUGAAGGUAUGAGACGUGAGAAUUUAGGGACACCCGGGAUUAUCUGAACAGAAUCAAAUCAGAUUAUUGACUGACUAUGAUGAAGAAAAGUCGAAAGAAAGAAAAGAGGUGAUCAGGCUGGGAUGUUUAAGGAUGAAGUCAGGUGACAUUUCUUAUUUUUGUGUUGGUGAUGGAGAAAGACGGGGUCAGCUAACGAGUACUGUGUACGUUUCAGAAUCUGGUCCACCAUCUUCUGAGCUCUGAGAUCUCUUAAAGCUGCAUGAAGUUGGUUCUCUGUGUUUUCAGAUUCUUGAAGAUAUCUUUGUUUGUUUUUUUGCUCCAGAGUGAACAAAAAUGUCUUCUUUUUCAUGCCUCGUCCUCUCAGAGCUGAUGUGACACUGUGCGCUGCAUGCAGAGGUUUGCAUGUGUGGGGUGCAUCAAAGACCCGCGUUAACACGGCAACACAGAGGGACCAGAGAGUCUGACGUCAAAGUAAAGCAGAGAGAACCGACACUGAAACGUUGUUUUACAUGCAGCUUGUGUUUCUCUUUUCAGGAUCCUCCCCUUUAAAUGAAAAUAUCACUAAAAAGUGAUUUUACCAUGAUGGUUACAUUGCAAGACAAUCAGAUAAUGAUACAUCACAGUAUCUGAUUGGUUGAGUUAUAGUUAAAGCCUCUAAAUACGGUGGCCCUAAGUGGCACAGAAAAAAAACAAUCAUAAAACCCCAAAAUAUUUUACAAUAAUGCUUAAAAAGUCUUCAAGAAAACACAAGUUAAGCUUUGAAAAUAUUAAAAUAUUUUAGAAAAUGUUCAAAUUUUCUGUCUGUCUGAAAUGUUUGUGUCAUUGACCUUCAGGGCCACCGUACCUUAAUGAUAAAGUGAAGGAUUUUAGGAUUGUGGAGUCAAACAGUAAAAGAAAUGUGUCUCUGGAGUUUUGUUAUUUUGGAAGCAAAUUAUAGGAAUUCAGCGUCAGUGAUUUGAUAAUUGCAACACAACCAUAAAUGACUCAUCAAUGGUAAACAGAGUGAAUAAAAUGACAUGAUACAUGUCCACUUUGGGCUUCUGUACUAUUUGAGAUUUAAAGAAGAAAACUGGAAAAUUCUGAUGCAAUCAAAGGACAGAGAGAGGACGAUAAAUAGGCGAAAAAUACAAAAACAGAGUUACAGGAUCACUGUUCAGUUUUCAGUUUAUCUAUCUGGAGUUUUUCUUCCUGUUCAGGUGAGUGCAGUUCAGUUUUUGAUUCCUGGUAGAACCCACAGAGAGCGAGGAGACUGCAGAGCGACACUAACCUCUGUGUUUGUACAGGACGUCUCUAACACACUGUGUCUUUCUGUUUUCAUUUGGACUUUAAAUCAAGUUUUCACCCCCUCUCCCUCCCUCCACACUCAGUGACAGUGAAUGAGGACUGAUUUCUGAUCAUCAGACUGUGUGAGUAUGUGAGCCGCAGAUUUCAGACUAUUUUGAUACUCGGGCUCCGUCUAUGUUUUGGAAAGACAUAUUUUACUCUUCUACCUGUGUGUAUCCAGUAUUUAGUGUUUCUAGGGUUUGUUGUCUUGCUGUGUGAAUUGCAUCCUGGUCAUGUUUGAAAUAAAACCUCCUCACUCAGCCAUGAUUCAUCCUUCUAACAGAGAGUAUUUUAUAUGUUUAAACACACUAGGAGAGAAUAUACUGAGUGUUCAUAUUUUAACUGUGUUCAUUUCACAAGAGGCGCUCAGUCUCAUUUUAUAUAUAAACCUUUUAUUUACUCGCAUUGGUCAUUUUUGACUUCUAAUGGCACAAUUUGUAAAGUUUUGAUUUAGUCUGUUAACAUCAGGUUAUACUAAGUUUAUUUACAUAUUAUUUGAGGUUCUGUAAUUUAAUCUCAGUUAUAUUUUAUUUGUUUAUUUGCCAUAUAAUUACAGUGUGUUACAUGUGGUAGAAAUAAAAAUAUUUAAUUUGUCAACAGAUA